GCGCCGCCGGCGAGGGAGCAGGUUGGGCGCUGCCGGGCGCCGCCGCCGCCGCGAUGCUGCCUUGGCGGGCGGAAGUGGGCUGGGGCGCCGACGGAGCCGAGCUGCCUGCGGGCGCGCUGCUGCCGCCGCCGCCGCCGCCGCUGCCACACCGAGAGCUCGGCCCCGCCAGCCGCCGACAUCCCGCCGCGCCCGGAGCAGGUACCGUCUCGCCCCGCGGCGCGCCUUCCCCGCUUGCGCUCUUCCCUCUCUCCCCCUCUCUCUCUUUCCCCCUUCUGUCCGUCGCGGCAGCAAACUUUUUCAGGAGAGAAAAGUUCUGCUCGGGCAAAGCAGCGCCAACUCCGCCCGGGAGCGAGGGGCGGCCCUUCCUCGGGCUGCCCGGCGGAAAGAGCGCGCGCGGAGCGCCUGAGCCCGCGGGCAAAGUGCGCGCGAUCCUGGCUGUCGAGUUCAAGGAAAGCAGCCGGCAACUUUGUGCGGAGCCUUCCGCGCCUCUAAACUUCAGGACCUGCCUGCUAAGUUUGUUUUUCUGGUCUGAGAGGUGAUUAGAUCUGUCUGUCUAACGAUCGAUCCUUUCAGAGUCCAUGGAUUCGAUUGUGAUCUGCCCGAAGGAGACAAGGUUUUGCUCCCCUUCUCUCCCCCUCCCCGACCCCCGGUUUCUGAAAGUGGUUCGGGGUGGAGGAAUAAACGACAAGCUGCGCGUGGCAGGCUGGGGAGACAACUCGGGGGGCUUUGAAUGUUGGUAGUGGAAUGCUCUUUUAUGAAUAAAUGUGGUGUUACAAGAAUUUCAUGAUGAUGAUUAUUGGCAAUCCCCUCCUAAAAAAGUGGGGAGGAAGAACCCAAUGUAAUUUCUAUUAAUUUUCAUAAAGAUGUAAAAAAGAGAAAAAAGUGCCAUAGAUGUUCACUGAAAGAUCCAAAGGGGGACUCGUGAUGAUUGACAUCCCCUCCAGGUUUGCAGAUGGGACCCCCACUAGCCCCAUGGAGCAGAGGGAACAGGCUUGUGACACUCCCAAGGCUGACAAAUUCACCAUAGCAUGAGCUUGCAUCUACUUUAUCAGAUGUAACUGAGGCUGUGGAAGUUUAUCCCACCAGUAAAAAAAGUUUCCUUGUGUGGCCCAGCACAACACCCAGAGAAUAAGACUAUGUUAACUGGAAUCUAAAUGUAUACACUUUAAAGGAAUCUUUAAAUUUAUGUGUUGAAGUUAAAGUACAGUAGUUGUAAAAGUAAUCCAAGACUUAGAAGACACAACAGACAAGUUUGGCAGUUGUCAGAAAACUAGGUUAGAUAUGUAAGUUUUAUUCAGAAGAUAGCAGACAUUUUCUUAUCAUUCAUGAUUAACGUACCGGAGGGGGGAUUACACUUUGGAUCUUCUAGAUUGCACUUUAAAUUUUAUUACAGUUCAAGGAAUGAAGUCAUGUUUGCAUGCCCCUGAAUAUCUUUGAAAGGUAAAUAGAUUCUCUAAUAUCAUUAGAAAAACAAGCUUUUUUAAAGAGGUUUCCAGAAAGUUUAUACCUUAUUGUUGCUAUAUUAGCCACUUGCAAAUAAAUGCUCAUUGCUAUAGAGUCUGUGACACUUAUAUGGCCAUGUGUGGGCUAUGAAAUUAGCAUUCUUAAAAUUGUUUUAAGUCCAUGAACUGAACCAAAAAUGGUUCAGAAGGUCAUUUUCUAAAAGUAGCCCUACUGUAGAAAUAGUUUCCAUAGAAAGUUCUAUGCAAUAGAUCUUUUCUGAUAAGUUUACAUGUAGAAAUGAAGAGGAAGAAUGAAGAAAUUUACUGCACUUGCCAUCAAGAUGGCUGCUGAUAUGCUGUUGCCGUUACUUCCAUGGACAAACAUUAGAAAAGCAACAGGAGUGGAAAAAACUGUACAUUUAGACCACACUUACUAUGGAGUAAACCUCAUUAAAACGCUAAAACUUAACAAGUAAAUCAGCAUAGGAUUGCACCAAAAAAAUUAGCACAAGAUCAAGCCUUGCCAAACAAGCAUUUUACUAGGCAAGAUUUUAGAAAGUUCAUAUCCUAGAUUUCUCCAAUUAUCCCAAUUUCUUAAUGUUUAUAAGGCUAAGUUUUUCUCCCAGUCCAUGAACAGGAAACUUUUGAUCUAUACAAUUUAAUUCAUUGAUGUACUGUGUGGUGUUGUUUUUUUAAAAAAGAAUCAUAUGCACACCUACUUUGGAGCACGUUUAACUGAACUCAGUAAGAGCAUCCAGGGGUGUGCAUCAGGUUGAGCUGAAUAUCUGAGGUACUGAAAACAGCUGCAUUAAUUUUAAAUCAAUGGAUUGUAGACAUUAAUUAGGGUGCUUAAGAGCACUGGAUUGUAUGCACCACUGGAACAUUUUUUAAAGCACUUUUCUUCAGUUUGAUGUUCUUAACUAUCUCCUUGAAAUGAACUGGAAGUAAGGCUGCAGUAGUUGGUCGUGAAUGGGAUUUACAUCGGAUGAAGUGAGAUCAGCCUGUGAGAUACCUUUAAAAUACACAAAAAGUGUUGAUCAGAAGGUUUAGGAAUAAGGUUUUGCAAUGCUUUCAGUUUUGGUCUUUGAGCUACACUAUUACUUAAGUUUCUUCUUUUUGAACAAAUAUGAUACCUUAUGCAAAGGACUGAACCCAGGUUGAAGGGAGGGACUGAUUUGAUUUUCUCAGUUCCUACAAGGCAAGUAAAUUUGUUUCAUUUCAUUCCUCAUAAUUAUUUGACAAUAACUAAAUAAAUAAACGGAAAAGCUAGCCAGUCAUCAACAGGAAAUAAGAGGUCUCAGGACACUUUGUUUCGUAUUGAGUUAAGCUUCUUCUUGCAGCUCAUAAACACUUUGCAGCUCCUCAGACUUUUCAGACCGGGCGUCCGUGUCCAAAAGGGAAAUAUGCUUGUUUUGGAUCAAGGUAGGCAAAAAAGUUUAUUUUAAGCUGAUAUAGGCUGUAAAUAUACAAUCCAUUUUUGAGGACCAGGUACUGGAUCCUUCCCUUUCAAAAUAGUGUGCAUUAAUAUUAUACACAUGUAAAAAUAGAGUUCCGGAAAUUUAUUUAAGAGGUUGCAAUCUGAAAUAAGUGGUGAAGGGCAUGCUGGCAGAUAUUUCUGUCUUCUUUGUAGACAGUGAACUCAUAUUUAUAUCUAUUUCUAGUUAUAUAAUUGAAAAUAUACCAAAUAGAUUACCAGCUCAAAAUAGUUUACAUUUAAUAUGAGCUAGAUAAUAACUUGCAGUGAUGAUGUAACGUUGGUUAUUUUAAUACAAAACUAAGUUCUCCAGAUAUUUCAAACUGAACCUUGACAUUUCAAGAUUCAAUUUAUAUUGCUAAGGUUUUGAAUUAGUUGCAAACUCUGAAAAUUAGAAGCAUCACGCUACAGUUCUUCUUGGGAAUGCACAAUGCCAUAUGCCAUACAGGGCAUUUUUCCCUAUUUGUAGGUUCAGAGAUUGCUGCAUCAAAAUUAUCUGUUGCUGUUGUACCAGUAUAAAUGAACUUCUAAUUGGUACAAUUAAACAUUUUUAGAUCUGUCAAUUGAUUAAAUAAUGUUCAGUUGAUUGAUUAGCCUUUAACGUAUUACUUUUAAGCAGCAGUUACAUAUUACUGAAACCUCAAAAUAGGUACUUUUUUUUUAAAGAAGAAAAUAUGAGAAUUUAGAAUUUAGUAAAAGCUACUAUUCAUUUUUGGUGGAAAAUAUCUUUAAUAUUUUCAUUUUCAUUCAACAAGAAAAAAAAGAAAGUGUGCCCUUAAAUCUGGUUGAUAAAUCUACCAAUUUAAAUGUGCUAAGGUGUGCAACCCUAAACAAUUAUUAGAAGUGCAAAUUCACACCAGGAUGACCAGUUGGAACAUAUCAGCUUCACUCUGAUAAGUGCAGCUCUGUUUGUUGGAGGCUCUCACAAAAAGGUUGCCCGAGAUUUAUUGGGGUGUUUGCCAGAGAGCACUAUUUUUAAGAAGAAAAAGAAAGAAAAAGAAACCCCCACAGCAAAUAAAGUUUUGAAUCAGAGGCAACUUUCCACCCACACCCAGCAAAUGUGUUUAGAAAUGGGGAGUUAAUUUAUUAUUGCAUGCACUGAAGUUGUAGUGGGGAUAAAGAUAUAAUUGAGCACUUGCCACAUAUUAUUGGACUACCCUUGAAUGUUUCAGCAUGUGCUUGAUGCACCCACCAUAAAUUGCAGUGCUGUGCAAUCACCAUGGGCAGGGCCAAAUCAAGUAAAUCUACAAAAAUACUUCACAAACUGAGGUUCUGCCUCCCCCCCCCCCAAUAAAUCCUGGCUUCGGCCAUGUACAUCAACCCCUCCCCUUUCAUUAAAAUUUGGUGGGGGGGGAUUGUUGUUGCUUUUUAAAAAGUUGAAAUAGUUUGUAGGCCAGCAGAAACGGUUUUGAAAUUUGUGGCGAUAGGAGAAUUAGAUUUGUAAUGUUUGAAAGCAGGCUAUUUUAAGGAAAUAAACAGAAGCUUCAGACUCAGCUAUAUCUGCAGAUAUAUUUUGGUGGACAUAAGCUAUUUACAGUUGUAGUCUAGAGCAGAAAUGGCCAACUUUAGUUGCAAUCCUAUAUACACUUCCUGGGAGUAAGUUCAAUUGAAUUAAGUGUGUUUUACUUAUGAGUAGGCAUGCAUAGGCUUGCACGCUUCAUCAGCAGGGGUGGACCUUUACAGUUCUGUUUAUGUUAGUAAGUGGAAUAAAAGCUAUUUAUUUUCCUCUGCUGAUAUUUAAUUUAUUUUUUAUAUUGGUAUCCAGCCCUUAAUACAAAGAGCUUAGAAUAGCAUUUUAGCCUUGCAGCAACCUGGGUGUGUGUGGCCCAAGGUUGCGGAGCCAUGCUGGGUCAUGGCAAAGGUCCAUCAUUUUGUUUCCAAUGGUUUGGCAAAUGUAUCUGAGAUGUAGGAAGGCAGACACAUCCUUCCCACACAUAUGGCGCCUGGGGGUAGGUUUACUGCUUCUGAACCUGGAAGAUCAUUUGACUGUUUUAGUUAAUAGCCAGCAAGCGAUGGCUGGGUGGGGAUUUGAAUCUUGAGUUUCCCACACCCAUACCUACCACUCUAUUCACUACAGAAUUUGAAAUUGUAUGCUUACAUCCUAAGCAAAAAGGCUUGGGUCCCCAUAUUUUGCAAAGCCAAUCAUUGUAAGUAUAGGUUACAAGAUAUUGCCAUACCUUUGUUUACAUUUAGAAUAAUUUCAUAUUGGUAAAGGGCAGGAAAUCCAAGCUAAAAUUUAAUUCCCAGAUAGUACUAAGCAGGACGUGGUUCAACAUUUGUUAUGACCAAGUUAGCAGCUACAGUUUGCAAUCACAUUUCAACCUUACUCUUUGCAGACUUGCAGAGCAGUCCUAGGGAGAUCAGGUGGCAGGAUGGGACGCGUUCCAUGUCAGGGGAACCACCACUUCCUAAGGCCUUCCAGGCUCACAGCAGCCACAAAGGAAGACAGAUGAGGAAUGGCUUUCCCCCUAGCCUCUCCCCCCUUUUCUUGCAGUAUCUUUCUUUUUAAAAUGUUCUCUCCCACCAAUUCCAAUGGGAGAGAAAAUAUCCACAUCAGCUUCAGGGAUGGCAUAGUUGCCUCCCCAAGGAACAAGGGAAGACCCAUUGCCCUGGCUGUCCCACUGCUGGCUCUCCACAGGUGGUAAAAGCAAAAAGGGAAUAUUUGUGGAGGGAUCCAAAGCUUCCCCCAAGAUGCUUCAGAAUGCCUUUACCACCUGCAGGUUACCACCAUUAGGAAAGCCACAGCAGUGGGCCUUUUCAAUCAGGAUCAAAGUAGGACCUCCAAAGCAGAUUGAUCUCUGCCCACGGAGAGGGAGGUUCAUCUAGAGCUCCUCCCAGGACCUAAGAAAAGAACAUUUAGGGGAUGAACUAGAUACGUGACUGUGUGUGCACACUCACAAGUCCCAGGGUUGAUCUUUUCAAACACUAAUGAUGUGGAAGUUUGCAAAUAAAAGCAUGAAUCUCAUUAGAGACAGGUAAACCCUGCUGCAAAACCUCUUUAACAGAUUGUCAGCGCAAUGGCUAGGAGUAAAGCUAAUUACAUGAGGCAAGUAGCCCUGUGGCUUGUGUGGCCCACCUGUUCAAGGCACGUGUGCGUUAUGUUCUAAAAGGAAACAGGUAUUUCUAGAACAUUUUCAUACAGAACAGAUUGUAACCCAAAUCUGCCUUAGCCAGGCCAUGCAUGGAUUGGGUGAUGAUAUGUAUUCAAAUGAUGAGCCUUAGCUGGCCACCCAUUCAGUUCAACGAGUGCUGAGCCAAUAAGAUCUUUUGGGGCACAGCCAGCUAAAAGGAAACCAGACCAAAGUACAGGAGAGUGAUAGGAAUAGUCUUUUUUUAUCGCAUGUAUACAAGUGCCACGAAAAUUAUGUUGUGUGACUGGCUUGGUCAAGUGGAUCCAGGCUGCCCUGGAUAUUAUGUAGAAGCAUUGGCUGUGAAACGGAUGGUGCUUUCAGAGGAUCCCCUUCAAAAGAGCUUCCCUUCUGUGUUUAUGGAAGACUUGUCAAGAGGUCUACAAAUGUUAGCAGCUUGCUCACUCAGUGUGCUACUCUUUCCUUCAUCUAAAAAGUGUGUGUGUCUAUUUAUAUGGAAAGAGGUGCACAAGAGUGUCAUUUCCAGAAAGGCAGGGCACAGGACAAAAUAGUCUUUUUGAAAUUUCCUCUUUAGUUGCCUGAAGGAAACUCUGACUGGCCAGUUGACCAGGUGAGUAGCUGUCUACAAAAGGCCUCUCUGGUCCAGCAUCCGUCCCUCACAGCAGCCAAACACAUGGCUUUGGGAAGCCCAUAAACUGGCAUAUGGCACCUGCUGUCAAAUAAAAGCGUAACAGUUGCAUGAAUAUGUGUUGCUGGCUCUGUAGGAUUUUACUGAGACAACCUUAGGGCUCAGGACGAUAGUUUGCCCCUUUCCCUUUUAUUUUUUGCUGUGUUGUCCUCCACACUGGAUAUAUCAGUUCAGAAACAUAUAGCUCCCAUAAGCACAUAUCUUGGACUUCUUGACUCACUAUUUGGGAAUCACGUGAUAUAACCACUUCUUACACAUGACCUCCAAAGUCAAUCAGCUACACUAUUUUCACUAGGCUACCUAUCUAUAACUUGCUUACCUGGGGCAUUUGUGGCAACACCAGCAGCCCAGAGAGAAAGGAAGCCAUUUAUUGGAAGGCUUCUGUUGGUCACCUGGAGGAAAUCCUUAAGUGCCACAGGUGGCCAGGCAAGAGCUGCUCUUUGUGACACUGGCAGCAGCACAGACCCUGUGAAACGGCCUCCGGAAGGGGUGCUUUGCAGAAUCAGCUGCUGGACUGAGGUUGCUGCUUGCAUUGUUCAAAACAUCUGACAGCUAAAGCGAUCCAGGAGGAAUGCAAGCAAAAGUUUAAGUAGAUUAAUGUAAGCAGGGGGAGGGGAAAAUAAAAAAAAGUAGUUUUUCUUUCUCUUCCCUUAUCAACAGCGAAUCCCUUCUCCGUGGAGAAGGGGGGAAAGUUGCAAAUUGAAACAGUGAAAAGGACUGUCCGUGUAACGCCAGGUCAGCAGCAACUGCAUUAAUCAUUUUAAUCUGCCCCAUUGAAAUUAAUGGGAUGUCACUCGUUUAAAACCGGAGUCAGCAGACACACAAGGGCUGUCAGAUACUCAAGUAAGCAAACUGGAACAAGCUGAGCAGGUGAACAAUAUGUUGAUUGGAGGCAUUUUCGGAAUCCUUUUGCCUAUCUACAUGAGGUGCGAAAAUGUGUCCAGCAUUUCAAGUCUAUGGAAUCCUUUGUCACUUGAAAUGCCUUGAACAGUCCAAGAAAAAUUAGGAAGCAAUGUCAGAAUUAAUGAAUACAGCUCCUAAAACAUCUUGGAACUGAACAAAACAAAUAGACAGAAGACUCUUGUCCUCAUCUCAGUAUUUUAUUCCUUAAGUCUUGAGUUAUUAUACAAGUUCCGUAAACUAUUGAGUGUCUUCUUCCCAUUCCACACCAUCCUAUUCAUUUGUGAGCCAAAUAUUCCUAUUUUGUGUCUUUGAGCUAUGGUAAAGAGCACGCUGGAGCCUCUUCUCCUUUUUAUUUUGUAUUGGCAUGUUCAAUAAAUAGGGAGUAUUGGCCAAUGUUAGUCAUCCUCAGAGCGGAGCUACUGAAACAAAGGCUUAUUUGAGUAUGACUUAGUUGGGAUACCAGCCAUAGCAUUCAAUAUCCCUUAGUAUUUUGUACAAGGUGACCAAAUGGAAAGCAGCACAGAGGCCCUGUACCAAUUUAUGUUACUGGAAAGAGGAUUUUGGCCAAUGCAUCGUCACACAGGGAAGAGAAAAGCGGCCUCUGCCCAAACCCCAUCUCCAGUUCUUCAAGACGCCAAGAUCCCUGUCCUGUCCUCUCUUGCUUCUGGUCAGCUGGUUUUGUAUGAUGCUGCCUUUACUACUUGGGUUAAAAUGAAGCAGAAUAUGUCCAUAAUAAUAUACCUUGCUGACCUCUGCAAUCCCAUUCAGAUUUAGGUCCAUUCAUUUCUGUGGGGUUGUUGUGCCUGACUUGCCGCAGGGUCUGUACCUCUGACUCUUAGGUAUUUUUGUAUCAUUUGUGUUAAAAAAUGAAGCUCCCCCCCCCACCCCCUUUACAGAAUUUCAAAUACAGAGAAGUGAAAGCAAGAAAGGAGAGGUUUAAAAUUAUUACGAAGAGAAUAGUUACCUUCUUUUAUCACAUAUAUUGAUAUAAAUUGGCCUGACAAGAAGAAAGUGUUCUUAAUAAACAAUCUAUUGGUUAUUCUUGCUAGAAUUGAAGUGCUGUGAUAACGGAUGACUACAAAAAAUAUAAUUAUACUGCAUUUUCUGUAAAUUAUUUUGUGUGUGUGUUCCCAAUUAAUUUCUUCUUUAUGUUAGUAUUUUGUUUUUUUAAAAAGCCAGGCAUAUAAAUGCUUCAGGUUUGUGGCCUAUUCCUGUAUGGUUUGCUUGGAAGUACCUUUGGUGGCACGUAGAGGAUUGUGGCUUUAGUUGCAUGUUGUUUGCCAGGCUGUGUGUGCAAAGGGACAGGGGCCACCCUCACCUGGUGUGCAGGUCCCUGAGGUGGAAGACAUGUAGCCAACAGCAAAUUCCUAUAAGUAGCUAUGGUAGAAACAAUGACUAAACAUUUUUUUCUAUAGAAAAGUUACAUAUAGAUGUGCCAACAGAGAAAAGGAGGAAAUGAAUUGGUCUUAACAAAUUAUAACUUUGUUUCUUACACAUCUUGAUAGUCCUGGGGGAUGGGGAACAAGCUUAAUGGAAAUGAGAGAAAGCCUUUAUGUUUCGCAGGUUUUGUUUCUAGAAAUGGACCUUUUCGUUAGUUAUUAUUUGUGGUCUGCUGGAGAGGAAAUUAAAAAUAGAAUUAAAAUGGUUCUAAAGUAGAAUCUUACAUAGGAAUUGAGAGGUCUACUUUAUUAAAUCCCCAUAAUAAAGUUAAUUAUGAGCUGGUGGUGGAGAUAUGGAACACUUUUAAUUAAAGCCUGUUUGCAAUUUUGGACAAGGAUAUCCAAUACAUUCAUCCAGAAUAAACUACAUUUUCAGUUCAAGGAAAACUAUGUGUGCGCUUUUUAUGUAAGAGUUUAAAAAGUGCUGUUGGAUCAGGCCAUGGGCGCACCGAGUCCACCAGGCCAAGGUUCUGGAGAAGUCUGCAGCCAGGGAUGAAGGCAGCGGUCCAGCUCCGAGUUUGGUCCUAGCUGUGAUAUUCAAGGUUUCCUGCCUCUGAAGGUGGAAGUACGAUUUCUCAAGUAUAGCUAAUCGCCACUGAUAGACCUAGUUCCCAAUAAAAAAGUGUCUAAUUCUUCUUUAAAGCCAUUCAAGCUAAUGAGACCCCCCCCAUCUCCUGACAGUGAAUUCCACAUGCUUCUUUUUGUUUAGUUUCUUUGGGUGAUCAGUGUUGAUCAUUUUGGUUUCCCCUUUCUAGGUCUGUGAUGCUCUUUUUUGAGAUGGGGCAACCAGAUGAGAGCACACACACACCUGCUAGCCUUGACUGUUUCAUAACAGUCUAAUAAAAGGAAAUUAAAGAUCACUCAGAAAAAUAAGGGAAAUGAAAAGCAGGAAGUUAGGUAAAUUUACAUUCCUGGGUAGAGGGGAGAUUUAGGUGCAAGUUUUUUUCCUCUCUAACUAACUUUGAGAUUUUUCUUAUAGAAAGUUUGUUAGGCUACCAUUCCGUGAGAGAUGGCAUUAGUGUGACCUGGUAGUCAACCAUACAUUGAUGGUAGGCAGAGUUCGGCUUGGGAGAUGUGCCGACGAGGCUUAAAGGAUCCAGUCACCAGGGGCCAGAGCAGCCAGGCAUUGUCCAUGUCUGUUCAUUUUUCUUGGGGGCAAAGCUAUCACUAUAAAAGGCAGGAAAACAAACCAAAAAUAUUAUCAUUCAUUUAAGGUUUAAAUACUGUAAUCUAUUUCUCAUUUGAAUCAUUUUAAAUCAAAGUGUUGCCCUACUAAGUUGCUGAGGAGAAACAAUUUGCUGGUAUUACUGUGGCACAGAAAGGGUUGUCAAGCGGUGCAAUCUGAGCAAGUUUCCUUGAAAGUGCAUCUUCAGUGCUGCUUAAUCCCAAUGAAGCUGGCGUAGGAUUGCAGCCUCAGACUGCACAGCUGAGCACAGUUACUUGCAGUAAAUCCCAUUGAAUAAAGUGAGGCAGUUUAAACACAGACUUGGGUCCUGCAGGUUUAGCAGCCCACCUGUUGUUCAAAUUCAAGCAAUAUGUUGCAAAUUUCUUAGGCACAAAGUGCUUAAAUCUUUCCCAAUGAAAGAACAACACUACUUAACUUUUGUCAAUCUGAAUCAUCCCCAGCACCUCACAACUCUUUAAAUGUGCCCCAAAUUUCAUGGAAAGGUUUGUUGCAUGGUUUAGAUUGCUUUAUUUUGAAUCCAGGUUGUUCAUCCUGAUUUUUACCAUAGAUAUUCCAUAGAUUCCCCCUCAACACUUAAUGCACGAGUGAAUUUUGCUCCAGAGUCCACCUUCUUCACUUACUUUAAUCAAAUAUGAACCCUCUGUGUAGUCGAAGGCUUCAUAAAAUACCAAGCACAAAGACAGCAAUGGGGGGUGGGGUGGGGUGACCAUUAGCUUUGCAGAAGUUUACUUUACUUACUGAAUUCCUAAUAAUGUCAGCAUUUGGUGGGCUGGGAGAAAGCCAGUCUUGUCUGGAUGGACAUACUUGAAAGUUAUCCAUUUCAGUAAAUAGCUUGUAGUCUUACCUUGUAACAAGAUAUGUUUCUACCUUAGAAUGAUUGUUGUUGUUGUUGUUAUUCUGCCCUUCACCCGGAGAUCACAGGGCAGUUAAAGAUCGAACUCCCUUUCUGGAGGUUCUCCAUAGUUCAGGCAGGGGAGCACCUAAGCACAGCCCGCAAGCUUCCUCUCCCCUGUGUUCCCCAAGGGUCCAGGGAAGACGUGGGGCAGGAGGAAGGUUGCUGCUGAUUUCAGGCAUGUGGUUUUCUGACGUGUUAUAACCAUUGGAUGUGCCUAAAUUUUUGUAUUAGCACUAUUACAUACCUGUGAUACUUGUAACAAAAAUCCAUAAAGAAACCUUGGAGGGAGGAGCACAGAGUAGUAAAACCACCAGAGCCUAGGGAUUUAUUCAUAGAAUCCCACAAUGGUAGAGUUGGAAGGGACCACUUGGGUCAUCUAGUCCAACCCCCUGCAGUGCAGGAAUCUCAGCUAAAGCAUCCAAGACAGAUGGCCAUCCAACCUCUGCUUAAAAACCUCCAAGGAAGGAGAGGCCCCCGCCUCUCGAGUCAGUCUGUUCCACUGUCACAAUAAAUUAUUCUGCUGUCACUCAUAUCAAACACAUUGUCGUUUUCAAGCACUGAGGAAUUGACUUCAGAUAAUCCAAGAUAUACUAUUUUAAUGUUUUGGAUGUAUCAUAAAGAGACUCAUAAUAUUUAGUGAAUAUCUGAGUAGUAGAAUACACUUUGCUGCCAUCAGAGCUUUGAAUAUAUGGUGUUUUAGAUAUUUUUAAGUCCCGUGAUUUCAAAGAGAAAGCAAUUGCCCCAUGGAAAUCAACGGGACUUUUAAAAAUAGCACUUGUCCCUGAGCAGAAUGUACUUCCCCCAUCAAAUACGGUUUAUUCCCCACUGAUUGCUAGCCUGAAAUAACUUGCAUGGAGAUGUUGAUGCAAAUUUUGGAGCACAAGUCAAGCUUGGUUACUUUUGUCAAACAACUGUGUGAUAAGAGUUUUUAUCAAUUGGUUGGAAGAGAAUGGAAAUGGUGAUGGGGCAGGAAGACAUUGCAGAAAUUAGAGCUACAGAAGCAGUUUCCCAUAAUAGCAGGAUAGCCAGCAGCCCUACAUUUAGCCCUAAAAUACACCCAGCCACUUUGGUCUAUGGAACUGGCAGCUUUACCUAUGGCAUAUAAAGUUUGCUCCACAUGUACAAGGAACCAGCCUUUUACUGUGGCAACACCUGGGACUCCUCCUUAGGCCAGCAUAUGCAGACAUGAUAUUUUAUUUAAGAACCAACUCUGUCGAUUUUGUCUAUAUUUUGACAACUUCAUUAUGUCUCCUUGUUCUUAAAGUCUGUAGAUUUUAUCAGUACAGUGGUAUCUCGGGUUACAUACACUUCAGGUUACAGACGCUUCAGGUUACAGACUCUGCUAACCCAGAAAUAGUACCACGGGUUAAGAACUUUGCUUUGUGAGAACAGAAAUCGUGCUCCGGCGGCGAGGCAGCAGCAGGAGGCCCCAUUAGCUAAAGUGGUGCUUCAGGUUAAGAACAGUUUCAGGUUAAGAACGGACCUCCAGAAUGAAUUAAGUACUUAACCCAAGGUACCACUGUAUUUUUAAUGAAUAUUUCAUACUAUUUUACAUAAACUGCUUAGAGGGUGUUUUUUCUUUCUUUUAUUUGUUGUUUAUAAAUCUUGUGUAAAAUUAGGAAGUCACGUCUGCUGAGGCUCAGACCCGAAGAGUCUGCAUAUUCCUCAUGGCAGAGCCUGAUGAGUGGAGCAGAGUGACAGCUCAAAGCUGAGAGCAAAAGCCAACCAGAAAGUCACCUGCCUAUGAUUCCGGCUCCCCCAAGAAGAAGGCUUGGACCCUGAUGGUGCAGGCAUGAGCUCAAAGUGCACUAAGCUCUGUAGGGGCACCUGCCCAGGCACCAUCCUCAACACCCCCCCCAUUCCUGACCUUUGUGCAUUCAGUGCAAAGAUCUGAAGGGAAAUUCCGUGUGCAUUCUGCUGAACAUGCUCAGAGGCCUCCCAGCCACCAGGAACCCUGGUAGUACAAGCUGAGCAUUCUGAGGGUCUGGCAUCAAACCUUCGCCCUAAAUGCACAAAUUUCAGGAGUGAAGGAGACCACAUCCGUUGCAUAGCUUGUGCCACCAGCUGCCCAGCCAUGAGGCGCUUGCAGGCAGCAAGGCUUCUCUACACCAGUUGCUGGAAACCUCAGGAGGGGUCCUGUUCUGCUCCCUGGUUUCCCACUGGCACGGGGUGGGAGACUGUGAGAACAGGAUGCUGGACUGGAUGGGCCUUGGCCUGAUCCUGCAGAUGGCCAUCCAGCCUCUGCUUAAAAACCUCCAAGGAAGAAGAGUCCCCCACCUCCUGAGGGAGUCCGUUCCCCUGUCAAAUAGCGCGAUAAAUUUUUCUGCUGUCCCUCUGUCAUUCUUCUGAAGCACCAUGUCUACCUUGAGCAGGUGACUGAUGGCGCUCUUUUUCCUUUCCUUCUCGCUGCCCUCCUCACAGCUGCUGCCACUCGCCGCCGCCUCUUCCUGGGACGCAAAGCUCCUCACAGCCCAGGGCCUGGGAUGGAAAUGGCACAACAGGCCUCUCGAUCUCAGCCAAGCUGCGUGCAGAGCAUUUCAGCCCCGAGGCUGGGCUGGGCAGCCAACAUGCAGAAGCAUCUUUUUCCCAUUCAAUUUGUGUGCGCCCUGGAACUUCAGGUUAAAAUGCUGAAAUCUGGCAACCCUGAAAUGAAACAAAAUGGCUAACGGACACAUUUCCUUUAUUAUUUAUUUAUUUCAGAAAAUUUAUAUGCCGCUUGAUUGUAAAAAGAUAAAACGAUAGAAUCAAGGAAAUAGAAAACAAUUAUUUUAAAUCAUACGAAAUGCUAAAAUGCUGAAACAUCAAAAUUCCUACCAGCAUUUCUAAGCAUCUGGGCAGGCUUUUCUAAACCGGAAUGUUUUUAGCAGGCAUCAAAAAUAGUAGAGUGAAGGUGCUCGCUCGAUAUCAAUAGGCAGGGAGUUACAAAGGACAGGUGCUGUCACACGAAAUGACUGAGUUCUUACAAAUGCGGAAUGGGUAUCACGGGGCACCUGUAGCAGCGCCAACUCCACUGACUGAAGCGGUCAAGCGGGCACAUGUAGGGAAAGGCAAUUUCAUUGGUGAACUGGUCCCAAGUUGUUAAGUGCUUUGUAAAGAACAGCAGCAUCUGUAGUGGAGAUCUCUGAGCACAGGUGCAAUAUGCUAGCAAAGCCUCACUCCUGUCAGCAAUUGCGCUGCAGCAUCCUGCGCGAACUGCAACCUGUGGAUCAAGCGCGAGGGAAGCAUGUUGGAGAGCAAUCCUGAUGUGAAUCUGCAGUGAACCCCUUUAAGAUGUAGAUGUGUGCAUUUCAGAGUGGAAUGGAGCCACUUUCCAGGAAAAGCUAGCUCAGCAGCCAGGAUGGGUGCCCCAAAGAAAAGGGUAAAAUAAAAAUGCAGCCAGAGCCCCCAUAGUGUUGGGUGUGGGGAAUGCGUGAUAGAGACAGGAACCUGGUGUGUCAGAAGACAAAUGAGGGAAGAUGCAGCAGGAUAAAGGGGGGGGGGAUAAAAAGCAAGCCCACCCCAUGACUGCCUCAUGCCUAACAUGAGUGGGUUCCUCCACCCCAAUGCCCCCUUGCAUAACCUCUCCUUCAAAAACCACAUAUUAGCCUCCUAAGACACCUCUGAGUCCAGGUCAAGAGGGUGAUUUCCCCUGCAAACUCUAUUGAUAUGGUUCUCUAGGCUGGGCCUGCAUAGCUUGUGACCCAGCCCAGCCCUUUUGGCUGGCCAGCCCUUUACUGUUUGCCAGGCUUCCUCAACCUCGGCCCUCCAGAUGUUUUUGGCCUACAACUCCCAUGAUCCCUAGCUAGCAGUACCAGUGGUCAGGGAUGAUGGGAACUGUAGUCUCAAAACAUCUGGAGGGCUGGGGUUGAGGAAGCCUGCUUUUUGCAGUCCAAGGAAGGCAUCAAAUGCAGGAGAUUUGUGGAGGAGCCUCUGCUUGCUUGCCCUCCCUGGCUGUGUUCAGCUUGGUGGGACUGCUCUGGUGCAUCUUGCCAGGCUGAUUAUUUCAAGAAACAAAAUUCCGUCCCUGGGAACUGUUUGGUAAGCUGGCUGGAGUCAAAUUCUCCCCAGUCUCCAUCUCCUGUUCCUUUGUGAAGUUUCCAGGAUGUUUGGCUACUGGAGGCAUAAAGCCUGGAGCAUAAAGAAAGGGAAAAGCCCAAAGCCUCCUGGUUACAGAAGCUGCCCUCAACUGCUUUCCCUGAAGUGAGUUCCUGCAAGUUGCCGGCGACUCGCUUGCACGGAGCAAGUGCGUUGCUGGGAUGUGUUGAGAGUAGCUGCCUCCACAAAGCAUUUGUUAUCCAGAGAGGCACCAGAUGUCCACCCAGGCCCUCGAGACCUCUUCAGGCCCAUAGCCUUGUGCUCCAAGCAGAGGCUUUUGGCUUCCAUUUCCACCCCACUGACUCUGGGCAUGCUUCUCCCUGGUGUUUGUGGUCACUUUGCAACUUUAUUCUUUGGAACAUUAUGUGUUGCGACAGAAGGGCAAGUGGCUUCCCAGUAUUUGUUACAAAUCUGUGGAGCCGAGCCAUCUGUCAGCAAAACAGGAAGGUCUGGGUUCCCUUUCUCUCCAGGGCUCGGUUUGCUAUUUUGGGGAGUGCCCCCUCUCCCCGCCUAGAAGGAAGCCGGUGUGGUUCGAAGCGCAGGACUCCUGGGCGAGAGAGGGCCCACGACUGAAGCGGCUGCUUCUUCUUCGCCCAUCUGCCGCGGCUGGAGGUGUAUUCAUUAUUGAUGGCAGUAGCGGCGGUUGCUGCUCGCUAUGCAGGCCUGCCUGGGUAAAUGAGACAUUCUUCAGCAAAUUGCUUCGUUUUUUGAUUGCUGAUUGUACGCGUGUCACCAAGCUGACUCAAGGUUCAUCGAUGCAUGCUCAGUAAAUUAGAAAGAACAUAACUAUGGAUCAGCCAAGAGAAUGAAUUCUUUGCCUACAAUGACCCGGGGCCAUUUAAUUUUCUGCUUAAUUUUGUUGCAGUCAGUUUGCAUUUUGGGUUAUUAUGCAGUAGGAAAUUAACAAUAAAUAACAAAUUUGGUCCUCCUGUGCUUGUAAUGAUAUUUUUAUAAAUCUUUGUAAUGCUCUUUUUAAAAGGAUCAAGGUCUGUGCCAGCCUGAUACCCCCACAAGUAUGCAGGAUGGGAAAGAAAGAGAGAGAAAAAUACAUUAGCCCUGCUAGAUAAUCUCAUAGUUAAAUAGCAAAGAUUCCCCCCCUCCGUCUCUCUCUGCCCCCCACCCACUUUCUCUCCUGUGAUUUUGCAUUUCACAUUAAACUUAAGGCUUUUCUUUUUCUCUUUCCUUCAGAUAACUUGAGGAAAAUGGAAACAGAUGAGGCUCAAGAUAUGUCCCAAGUUUCAGGUGAGAUCACUAAAAAAUAUGACUUAGAAAGGAGGACACACACACACCCUGCUUCCAGCCUGGAAUCCAUUUAGUUCUCUACCAGAACACAGUGUUGUUAUUGUCAGUGUAAUUGCUUUGGGUCUUUUGCAUUGCCAGAGUGGAAAUCAGGAUAUAAUUAAUGUUUAUCACUUCAUAUCAAGCCCAGUAGUGCCUGGAUUUCUUUUUUUAGUAACUUAAAGAUAAAGGAGCCAAAGAGAGGGGAGGGGGACAUAUCUUAAUCAUUCAUUCAUUCAUUUAGUUGAUUUCUAUCCCAACUUUCCUCCAAGGAGCUCAUGGUGGCGGCCGAUAUGGUUUUCCCCUUCCCCAUUUUAUCCUCAUGACAAAUCUGUGAGGUAUGUUAGGCUGAGAAUCACGGAUUGGCGCAAGGUGGGUUUCGUGAUGUGAGUGGGAAUUUGAACCUUGGUCUCCAGGUCCGAGUCUGACCUCUGACCCCGACAUCAUAUUCACUCUCAAAUCAGUCACUUGCAGAUUGUAAAUCUGACACAGCGUACUUGAAGUUUUAAAAAGCUUUUGUUCCCUGAGUAAGAUUGGCAGUCAUGGAAUAAGAAGAGAGGUCCUCAUAUGGAUCAGGAAUUUGUUAAGUAGCAGGAAGCAGAGACUAGGAAUAAAUGGAGGGAGGGAUGCACAAAGUGAAAUUCCCCAAGGAUCGGCACUUGGUCUGUGCUGCAUAACUUGUUCAUAAACGAUCAAGAGUUAGGAGUGAGCAGGGAGGUGUCCAGGUAUGCUGAUGCGACUACGUUGUUCAUGGUUGUUAAAACAAAGAGAGAUUGUGAACAGCUCCAAAAGAACCGCUCCAAACUGAAUGAAUGGGCAGUAAAAUGGCAAAUGCAAUUCAAUGUAUGUGUAAAGUGAUGCAUGUUAAGGCAAACAAACAAACAAGCCACCCUUAAUUUCGCUUAUACACACAGGGGGGCGGGCAGGUCUGAACUGUGGGUGACUGAUGAGGAAUGAGACUUAGGGGUUGUAGGGGAUGGCUCAGCGAAGAUGUUAGCAGUGGAGCAGCAGCUCUGAAAAAGGCAAAAGUCCAUGCUAGGAAAGGAAAAUAAAACUGUGACUAUCAAAAUACUGUUAUAUAUUGUACAACUGCAUUUGGAAAACUGUGUACGGUUCUGGUCGCCUCACCUCAGAAGGGUUAUUGUAUUGUUGGGAAAGGUUCAGGAAAGGACAACCAAAAGGAUCAAGGGGGCGGAGCAACUUCAAGGAAAGGUUGCAGCAUUGGGGCCUUUUUGGUUUAAAGAAAGGGUAAGAAGUGACAAGAUAGAAGCAUGGCAUGGAGAAAGGGGAGAGAGAGGACGCUCACGGAGAGCCUGCGAAGCUGAAUAUUGGAAGACAAAAGAAAUUACUCACCCUGUGCGUAGCUGAACUAUGGAACUCCCUCCCCCAGGAGGCAGGGAUGGCUUGAAAAGAGGACUGGACAAGUUCAUGGAGGAGGAGAGGGCCAUCGAUGGCUCCUAGCCAGGACCUCUUAUUUUCUGCCUCCACAGAGGCAACAAUGCUUCCGAAUUUCAGGUGCUGGAACCCACAGGAGGGGAGAGUGUUGCUCUUGUGCUCAGAUCCUGCUUGUGGGUUUCCAUAGGCAUCUGGCUGACCACUGAAAGCAGGAGGCUAGACUAGAUGGGCCCUGGUCUGAUCCAGCAGGCUCUUCUUCUUACAUUAUCAUCUCAGUUCAACUCUCCUAGUGAGCAAUUGGUCACAUGUCAUGGGUGACUCUGGACAGAGAUCUGCAUAAGCAUUGAAGGUUCUCAUGGGUUUCAAUGAACUUCACCAUGUGCCUUGGAGACAUACAGCUGGAUUCAUCUUUGCCUCACCUGUGUAUAUGGUAGCCUGCUUCUUGCAUCUUCCUUGCUGAACUGGUGUCUCCGUCUGUGAGAUAUUCAUAUUUCGAUCAGUGUAAUAUUUCUGCAGAUCCGAACACUAGGGACCCUAGCAAAAAUAAAUUGGGGUGGAAUUAUUCAUUUUUAGUAUACCUUAUUUGUCAAAUUGCUAGUGUUCCUCUGAAGCUGUGAUUUCAUUUUUAGGAUAAAAAUCUGAGAUGUACUGUGUUGAUUUCAUGCCACAGUUUCAUGUAUGGAUUCAGGGUUUCCUCUUUCCCUGAAGCUGCUCCUGCAAUGGUUAUGCAAACCACCUUUUAUACUGGGCAGCAAGAAGCCUGUCAGUUGCAAGGUGAAGGAGUUGUGAGGAGAGAGUUCUCUGUGGUUCUUUUUUGGUGUGAUGAGACGCAAUAUGAUGUGAAGGUUGCAGACCUGCCAAUACUUUAGGCCUCAAGUCAGCUGCCGAGACUUGAAAGCUUCCUGGUCCACCUACCAUACAUGGUUUUGGUGACUAUGAAGAAAAAGAUUUGGAGAGAUUGCAGUUGGGGCUACAGCAGGAAGCAGACCAUUUUAGGAGAUGCCUCUUCUCCAAGUUCAGUUGCCAGGGUCAAGGCCUUGUAAGAACUGAAUGCAAGGUUCAGCAAUCAUAUCUUGGAAAUGUCAGCAGAUCUAAGGGGUUUCCCAGAGGAUAUCCUUGUGUGACACUCUUUGGGGCAUAUAGAAGCAUUUAUAAUUAUGGCAGCUUUGUGAAAGAAGUGGGGGAGUCAUAUAAAAAAUGUUUAGGGGUACUCUCAUUUUGACUCAAGAAAAUCACAAUUUUAUAGUUCAAAUUGUGGAAAAUAAAUACAGUAAAUGGACAAAAGUACAAAGAUUCACAAAAUGUUUAGGGGUCUUUGUCCCCCCAGAAAAAAAGCACUGAUUAGGAGAUAGGCACAUAAAAUAACCCAGUAUUUUUCUCCCUCUGAAUAUAGAUGUGCAUAUAUCUACACUGUCAUUGUUAACUUUCUGCCCUCAAGACCCAGUUCUACCCCCUGGGUGGCAUUUCUCUUUGGGGUCUACAGCAUUUGUUCCUACCAUACCAAAUGCAGCUUAUCAAUAUAUUGGGGGGGGGGGCACCAGUGACCAACCUCUUGUUUUCCCCCACUUCCAAGGGCUGCUAAAACUGGGGGGUUGUGAAGCACCAGGCGAGCCUCACAAUGCACAGCUUGUGAGCUGUGUUAGCUUUGUGUCACAUAAUGCAGCACUAUCACAACGCAAAGUUUCAUAUGGACGGGAGGGGGUUUAAAGUGACCUUUUUGAUAGCUUGAAGAGAUAUGCCUGGGCGAAUCCUCUUAAAAGCAGCCUGAAUAGGUGAUGAGGUACCAUUUUUGGAGCAUUUCCUCUUGUCUGUGGUUUCCUGUAGAGACACCUGCAUGAGAGGCUGGGGGUGAGGAUUGGGGUGGCAGGUGAGUUAGACUGUGCAAGGCUUCAGCAGCUGGAUAUUGAGGAAGGAAGGGUUUCUCAUCUCAGCAGGCAUCCACUGCAGUUAUUCCUCCAGAACUGUCUUCACUCCUUAACAGUGAGCCUCUGUGUAGCUCGCAUCUCCAUAAAGACAAAACUAUGAUAGCAACAGCAGCACAUUCAGGUUGAGGUUGUACACUUUUCCAGAAGGGCCAAUAUCAUGAAAUGAAAUCUCUACAAGCGUAGGCCAUAUUCCUCUGGAUAUCCUGUGCUGGGGGCAGGGGAGACAAAAACAGCGGUACUUCAGACAUCCUCCUCCUUCUCAUGUUUGUAUGCCGCCUUUCCAUAGUUCAAACCAUGCUCAAGGCAGCUUGCAACAUAGAAAGAUAUACAUAAUUAAAACAUAACCACAGUAGUCACAAACAAUAAAACACUUUAAAACUACAUGGGCAAAUUGCACAGUUGCCACAUAUAUCAUGGUACGAUAAAAAAAUUAAAGAUACCAAAAAAAUAUCAAUAACCUAAAGGAAAACACCAACAAAACCCUCUGAAUGAAAACGGUCUCAGCUUUUGCAGCUGGAGUCAGUCUGGGCUCCAUCUUCCCGAGCAGGUGGAAAAAGGCCUGUCUAGCAGGGAGGAGGUCUUCUUGGACUCACAGCCGAAAUGGCCUCUGCUUGUCUAAUAUUAUUUUCAACAGAACAAAUAGAAAGCAAGAUGCCUUGCUGCAAAAUUAUGUUCUGCUGCCAUAUGACUCUGGUGAAUUUUAACACUUGUGAAUCGGGUUGGAUAACCACACUUUUCUGGCGGUGGAGACUCUUGUAUAAACUAGAGCUGAAGGAAAUAGCCAGGGUUGUCAAAGGCUCGAUCCAGCUAGAGGAGAUGUGAGAAAAAAUUCCUGGUUACCAAAUGGGAGGGUAAUUGUGGGUGGGGAGGAUCAGUUAACCUUUCAGUUGAGUUUGUGCUACCCAUAUCCUCUUUUCAAGUCGCUCACAGCAGGUGCGUGCCAUCUUUACGCAAGACCUCAAACACUUGGUUGCUGUGCUUGGCCUGGGCGCAACUGGACAUUACAAAGGAAACGCAGGAUUGGGAGGUGGGGGUGGGGUGCUUGAAGGGGGAAGGGGUUAAACACACCUCCUGCUUGCCUACAGAUCCUCCUUUCCUGUUAUCUCUGUAGAAAUAGGUUUGCUAAGAUAAAUACUGAUUUCACAAACCUAUAGAAAAGUAACAUCAGGGCUACUAAAACUUACACUGAAUGCAUCCCCAGCCAAGAGAAAAUGAGAUCCCUUCCAGGUGGAUGUAACCCCAAGGGGAAAUGGGUCAGGGAAGAGGGAAAUGCCUCUUCCUUAAUUUAUAGGAUGGGUCCCCGAGUUAAUUUCACCGUCCCACAUGUAGUCCUCCACUUGCAGUUCCCCAUCCCAUGGCCAUAGUUUCUCAGUCCCUGCAGCUUCAGCUUGAAAGGAAUCUCUCCUCACAUGGGAACUUUUUUGGUGGUGUCUUUGGUUUAUCUUCAGCAGCACAGAGGCCUUGAGGAAAACGAAACCUGCCAUUUCUGGGCUACUCACACGUCCAACAUUUAAAGCACACUCACUCACUCCAAGUACCCAGGGACUGUAGUUUAAGGGUGCUGGGAGUUGUAGCUCUGUGAGUGGUAAACUACAGUUCCCAGUAUUUGGGGGAGGGGGGAGUAUGCUUUAAAUGUACAAGACCCGUACAGCUUCCGUUCAAGUUUGGUAAACCAUUUGCUGAAUAAGUCAGAGAAUCUCAUCUCUGUUCUCCGUGCCUCCUUCGUUGGUGCCAUAUGCAGUUCUGCUAAAUGCAUGCCAGCACUGCUGUGUCUCCAGUUUUAAUGCGGCAAUGGCUGCCUCAUAAAAUAUUGCUUUCAGGAGGGGGAUAUAAGUGUGAACUCUGAGCUUAUCAUGCAGGCUGGAGAGUUCCGUUAGGAGCCAGCGAUGGCCAUAUUCCAAGAACUGGGAACAGAUGUGCCAUUCUUGUCUCAUUUACAGUUGCUGGCUUGCUUAUCUGCUGCCUUGAGCAAGACUGGAUCCAAAUCUGCCUAAAGCCAGAGAACAAUUCUGUUCUCAUAAGAAGAACUAAGUUUAUGCUCUGCCUGCUUGUGUUCCACACUAUCUAAAGUGACUUUCUCUGUUAUGUCUUGCAAGCCCAUGUAACUGGGAAGUGUGUGUAUACUAUAUAAUCUCAUAUAUCAAUAUGAUGUAGGUAGAGACCCCUUGUGUGGAUCUUCCCCACCCAUGUAUCCUCGCUGGUUCAGGCUCCACCCACCUGGCUACCCUUCCACCCACCUGCCAUCUCCUCAGUUCCCACCAAUGCCCAGCUUCACCCAAGCUCAUAUCUGUGGUUCACUUAUCUUGAAAUCAGUUAGAGGUCAAGUUGCCAACCCAUUUUCUUCUCCUACAGUCUGAUAUUCAAUGUGUCUACUGGGAAGUGAAUAUAGUCCCACUAAGUUCAACAGGACUUACUUCCUGCUGAGUAUAUGUAGGAUUUGAGCCUCUAGUCUCUGUGGAUUCCCUUCUGUGUCACCUCCACCAUGAGCUCCCCAGGAGACCUAGAGCAAGCGGCUGCUCUCUCAGCUUCCAGCCUCUACCUGCAAGAUUUACUUAUAUUUAAGAUUUAUACCUUGCUUUUCAGUAUUAGCACCCACAAGGCGACUCACAAUAGUCAGUAAGAACAAUAGGAUUCGGUUCAAUACAAUUUUUAAAACAGCAAAAUAUUUUUUGUAAAAGAACCCAACAGAACCAGCACAUUAAAAAUAUCAGCUAAAAAUAAUUAAAAGAAUCUCAAAUAUAUAUUUAUUUAGGACAUUUGUUGGCUAUCCAAAGUCCUCUUAGCGGUUCAAACAUUAUACAGUAUCCAAACAUUCUAUAGUUCAAAUUUUAAAGCAUUAAUUUAAAAAUCAAACUCAAUCAUUCAAUGUUCUGUCUUGUUAAAUCUAGAGGUCGCAAUGCUGAUUUAUCUUACUGACUUCUUGUAAGGAUUACCAAGAUAAUAUAUGUGCUGUGGUUUGAGUACUGCAAAAGCUCCAUCAAAGUGUUAAGUACGGUAUUAGUAAAAUAAUAUUUCAGAUCCUAGGUUCUCUUCUCAGUAUCCACUACGACCCUAAUUCAACUGAAGUUGGUUGCAACAAAGUCCCCUUGAAACGAAGGGGGAGGCCUACUGGCGUUUGCCCCCAUUUUUGCCUUCCCAUUUGCAGGUAGAAAAAAUAGGACAUUUCUGCAACUUGUGGGGAGUACAGAAUAGGAGCAGAAGGGCUCCUCUGGGUGACUGGUGUCUGCUGUGGAACUUAAAGUAUGUAAAAUGGUGAAAUGGGGAGAGUUUGUCAGGAAACCCCCAUCCUAUUUCAUGCUAAAAGUUCUCAAAAAAAGAGUUUCCAUCUCAGUAAUUGAAAUCAAUGGAGCAAAUUAACUACAACCAGGGAGUAAGGAAACUUACUUCUGAAUAUGAUGGAACUGGUAGUCAUGACUAACUUGAGCUUAGAUUGAGGCCUCCUGUAGUGUGUGAUCAGUAGGCUUGCAUUAUGGAACCAACCUUCAACUUUGGUUACGCUAACAGUCUCCUCUGUUAUGACUGUGGACUCGUCAUAGGUUGAAGGGAAAAUUGCAAAGACAGGACUAAGUUGUUCAGUUUCUCUGGCAAUACCAGGCAAAGGAUCUCCCAGAAAUCCUGCCUCCGAGUUUUGUAUGAAAAGGUGCUUAGAGAAACAUUACAAACUAAAGGCACAGAGGCGAAUUGUGGCACCUAUUUUGUGUUAAGUCUUUAUUGAGCAGCAAAAGAAUGUAUUUGGGCCUCAGACUUUUUGAUGGCGUUUUAAUACUUCAACCCAAUAUUUGCUUCUUGUUUUGCAAUUGCAUACCUAGCCCCAGUUAAUAUUCUGUGCAUGCCUCUUAGAAAUUAAAUGGAGAAUGGCUAUUUCUCCCCAUCUUUCCACUUUAAAAGUCAUUUGCUACAAAAUGUUAGUAUGAUUACAUAUCUAUAAAAUUGCCAUGCAGGAGUGAACUUAUCAGGGUAUAACAACAUAGAUGAAGUUAAGGCAUGAAAUAUGAAAUAUCAUGCUCUGGCAUCCAAGAGAAGAGGUGCCCACAUGGAUUACUUCGAAUGAGCUUUUUAGAAAAGAAAGGCUUUGCUGGGAGACAUACUGGGUGGAGAACAAAGCCCCGUUAGGUGACAACAGCAGCUCAAGCAGAGCUCAGAGACUGCAAUAGGGGGUUUGCCUUCACAAGUCUUGUAAGUGGACAUUUCACGAGCUGCUUCUUGAACUUUCCUAGAAUGAAUCAGGUGGACCAGGGUUCAAGAGGCCGUGGACUUCCCCUUCCCACCCAUGGUAUUUUAAAACAAAAAACCAUGCUGCUUUCUCAUCGCACAAAAAAUAGUUUCUCAUUUGAGCUAUGGAAGGAGACUAGACAUGCAAUACUAUUAUUAAUAAUAUACAUUGUAUUUACAUACCACUUAUCUGUCAAAAUGGCUUUUACGUGCUUUGCAGGUAUAGAAGCGAUUACAAAGAAUAAAGCCACACAUAAUUAAAACACACAGUGAAACAAUUUUAUCAAAACAUUAAAAUAAACACCAACAAUUAAAGCAUAGAAUAAACAAACCUAUCAAAACAGCAGGACAAUUGCAAGUUGAAACAGCAGUUACAAUGGUUUAAAUAGGAGGCUCAAGUCAGGAGACUGGGGAAUCCUUGUCAAAAGAGUCUUCAGGAGCUGGUGGACGGCCAGCCAAGCGGGAUGAACCAUGAAGCAAAAUAAGCCCCUGUUGAGGGCAUCAAGGGAAGGGGCACUACAGAAAUCCUCCAUUGCUGGAUUUACCAUGGACCAUAUGGUGCAGCUGAACCAGCUUCCACAAAAAAGGCUCUCACAAUAAAUGGGGAAAAAAUAAAAAUACAACAACAACUUAAUAAUAUAAAUUAAUGAUAUGUGGUUUAUUUUUGUUUAUAUUUUGAAUUAGAUAUAUAGGGGGGCACCAAAAUCUUUUAAGUGCUGAGUACCCGUACUAAGGGGGCCUCCUAUGUUUCAGCAAGGAGUACCUUUUGCAACACUGGUGUAACAUAGAUACUGUCCUGGAGAGAACGGAUUCUCUACUAUUGUGGGGGUGGGGUGGGGAUGUAGGUAAAGCAUCUUCCUACUUGUGGAGGUAGGAAUUACCCAAAUUACCCAUGAUAUGAAUCUCUUUGUGCAUUGCUCAAGACACAGCGCUUGUUGUGUGUCAGGGGCCCCAAAGUGCAACUGACACAGGCUGAGUCCAAUCUAAGUCAUGAGAAGCACAAGCUGCGCCCUUUACCCGUCCCCCCUUAGUCUUCAGAACUCGGCUGCUGUGACUGCCAGCCUGGAGGCUAACAUGAGGGCACAUUCUAUUUCGAAGGUUCUGGAACCUUGAGGUCAUUCAUUUUUUAUUUUUUUUUAAACGAUAUUUAUUAAAGUUUCAAAAAAAGGAUACAUAGAUAAGAAAAAGAAAAAUAGAGAAAAGAAAAAUACAAAAAAAAAACAAUUAAAAACAAUUCCAUCUUUUCAUCACUUAUCUUUCAUUUACUUGUUUCCCGGACCUCCUCAUGCCUCCCUUUUUUGUAUUCCAGUUCAAUUUAUUAGUUCAGCAAUUCCUUUCCCUCCUUAUUUUAUCCUGAUCUUUAAUCUUAAUAUAUUAUAGCAUUAGGUUUUUACGUAUUCUAUUUAUUUAUUUUAUUUAUUUAUUUAUUUACGGCUAUUAGCCCAUAAAGUAUGUACAAACAUAAAAGCACAGAGGCAUAAAGACUAAUAUAUUCGGCACCAGAAGGUGAACACCAUGAUGCAGGGGUGGGUCAUUGAGCAGAGCCAGAUAACAGCUUGGGGCCCGGAGAGCUCCAAGGGACGGAUCCCAGAAAAGGAGAACUGAAGACGGGAUCCGACAUGCACUCUCUUCAAAACUGUCCGAUUAGUUUUUGAUGUUGUUGUUUUUGGUGGUUUUUGUGUGUGAGAUAACUGCAUUCAGGAAUCUCGCCACCUGCAGAGUUACAGAAGGAUCUGUAUCCUGCAAAAGUAGUGCGGCAUGUGACUCAGCAGGCCUGCCAACCAAGCGCAGUAAAGCAGGGCCCAGGAAUUUAGUCCUGGCUAUGCUAUGUAGGGGACAGUUGAACAUUAUAUGUGAGAGAGAAUCAACAGUUUUCCCGUCACACACGCAUAGCGGAGACACCAAACCCUUGGAAAAUCUGUGGCUCAGCAGGUUCGAUGGAAAGACAUUGAACCUUGCACGAAUAAAUGCAUGUCGGUGUGGUACAGAUGAAAGAGAUGACAUGUAUGAUGGAAGGCCAAGUGGUGAGGUUAUUCCGUGAUACCUGGGGGGCAGACACCCUCACCCCCGGCGAGGUUGUGUUGAUUUUCAAUGUCUGCUAAUCUCUGCUCAAUAAGUCUUUUGGCUGAGCGUAAGUUCAUCUUUAAGGAGUCCGCUGGGGAAAUUCCGAUGCUCAGAAGUUUGGCAUGGAUUUUUCCUACCCAUGGAUUGACAAAGUCGUCCCGCCAGAGGCACUGAAAAGGUAAUGGUUGGGAAGCCUGUGCCAGCUGGACAGCCAAUAACCAAAGACUCGCUUCCAGAUGACCGUCUCCAAUGAUGCAAUCUUUAACUCCAGACGUAUGGCUGCGUUGCUCACACACAUGGGGAGUUUCAGGAGGCGACGGAGAAACUGAUUCUGCAAUGUCCCCAACGAUGUUAAAUUGGACCCUGGGGCCCAGAGCGGGGCAGCAUAACAGAGGGUGGAAACCACUUUUGCAUGGUACACCUUCAAUGCAGAAGGGAUGUGGGAGGCUCCGUCGGCCGCAAAAAAUUGGAGUAGAGUAUAAAGUAUUGUUUCCCUUUGUUUAGUAAAUACUGUAUCUGUGGCUUCCAGCUUAGGUUGUAGUGAAAAAGACUCCCAGGUAUUUAAAUUUGAAAACUUGUUCUAAUUGGACUCCAUCUAACUUCCAGCUGUAAGUUUUCCGAGACCUGGUAAAGACCAGGACUUUAGAUUUCCCAUGAUUAAUUGUCAGAUGGUUGAGUUUGCAAUAAGCCGCAAAAAUCUUUAGAGCUCUGCAUAAACCGACUCUAGAGUAGGAAAGGAUCGCUGCAUCGUCGGCAUAUAAGAGCAGAGGGCAGCGAAAAUCAGCUAGGCGGGGGGGCAUGAAUGUUGGCUUGAGACUCAUUCAGAAAGAGCUUCAUAUCGCUAAUAAACAAGUUAAAGAGGAGUGGGGCCAAAAUGCAACCUUGGCGCACACCUCUAUUUAUUGGGACCUCGUUGGAUAGGUUUCCCGCCGGUGUGAGUCUCACUCUAGCCGACGACCCAUGGUGUAAUUGGGUUAUAAGCCAUAACAGCCUUCUAUCUAUGCCCCAUCUCUCUAAUUUCUUCCAUAGACAGUUUCUUGGGAUACUGUCGAAGGCGGCCUUUAGGUCUAUGAAAGCGACACAUAGGCGCCCCCGACUCGGGGCAGAAUAUUUUCUGGCAAGAUGAUACAUGAUUACCAUAUGGUCAGUGGUCGAAUAAUUGUUCCUAAAGCCCGCUUGCUCGUGGCCAAUCAAAUUUGAGUCGUUUGCCCAAUUGGACAGCUUGGACAGCAAAAAUUUUGCAUAGAUUUUCCCGAUGAUAGACAAAAGGCUGAUGUUCCGAUAGUUCUCCGGGUCAGCAGGGGGACCCUUUUAUGGACUGGCACGAUCACGGCCUCCUUCCAUGACCUAGGGAUAAGCCCCGUAGAAUUAAUUGCAUCAAAGACUUUGGCCAGGAUUUCAGCCCACCACCUCGGUUGCGCAACAAUAGCCUCAGCAGGGACUAGAUCCAGCCCGGGGGCUUUGCCCGUUUUCAGAUCUAAUAUCAAGUCCAUUAUCAGGUCUGGGUCGGUAGAGGGCCACAAAGGUAGAUGGUCGGCUCGGAAUUCAGUGGAUGAGUUGGAUUCCUCUGCCAAGGAGAAAUAUUUGCUCAAGAAUUGUUCCCAUGUGGGCGCAGGGAUAAUCGUCAGUGGGUACUUCCUUCCUCUUUUGUUUAUCAAAGCCCAAAAUUCCUGUGGUCUGCGGGAUCUAGAGGCCGCAAUCAAGGCUCGCCAACGCUUUAGAUACCACUCACGUUUGGCCAGCUUUAAAGUCUGUUUGUAUGCUCUUUUGGCUUGUAAAUAGGAGGAUGGUAGAGCCUGGGCAUUAGAGUUUUUGUAUUCAUUAUAGAUGGAACGAAGAAGGGAUCUUGCUUGUUUGCAAGAGGUAUUAAACCAAGGGGCCCCAGCACUGCAAUGCGCUACUUUCGCCUUUUGAGGAGGUAAUGUAAAAAAGUGGUAAGGUUUGUUGUAAGAAGGUUAAAAAUUUCAAAACCGAAUUGGAAUCUUGUAAAUCAGUAGCUAUUUGAGGUAGAUAGGCAGUGAUUUCCCUAUGGAAAAAUCCUGGUAUUUUUGGGCCACAGCCUCCGACCAUUUGAUCCCACUUAUUUUGGUCGCUGAUGAGGUUUCCAGAGGGACUGAGUGUUUAUAGUCCUUCUGGUACCGGAACAAUGACAAAGUGGUCACUAUUGGGAGGUGAUCACUGAAAUGUUGGUUUUCAACCUGGAAGGAAAGUACAUUGACGGCCAAAUUUGCGGAGAUCAAGAGGUAAUCGAUAACACUGUUAGAUGCUGGUCCCAGGUGAGUGAACUCCCCGGUAUAUCGGGGGAAGGUGCCGUUCAAGAAUACUAGAUUCAGGCGAAUGGCCAUUUGGUAAAGGGUCACUCCAGCUUUGUUUACUCUGUUGUCCUUUGAAGUUCUAAUUCUAGCAUGUUCCAAGUCAAAGUUGCCCAAACAUGGGGAGUCCACCAUUUGGACUUGAUUAGUAGGUCCCAAUUUGUGGCAAUUCGAGCAUUAAAGUCUCCCCCAAUUAAGGAGUACGAGUUAGGGCAUUUGGUAUGACAUGACAAUAGGUGAUUUUCAAAUGAUUCCCAUCUCCAAUCAAGAUCAGGUGCUGAGCCUUCGGGGGAGAUAACCAUUAGUAAUUAGUAAUGAGGACUUCCCUUCUGCGAUCAGUCCAGAAAGAGCAAAAGGCGGGAAGCCCGUACCAGGGUGAAUUUGGCGCGAAGUUGGAGUGAGAUCCCAAUCAAAAGACCCCCUUUGGGGCGACCACCUUUCAAGGAAGGGGAGGCCGGAAGUGUUAGAAGAUCAAAACCGUCUAUGGUAAUCUCUUCCUCAUCCCAUGUUUCUUGGAAUAGGAUGAUGUUAAAUGAAUUUAUGUACUUCCUGAAUUCGGGGUCUGAUUUUUGGUUCUCCAACCAGCAAUGUUCCAGCUAAGUAUUGAUAAUGUCGGGUCCUUGUGCUGUCCCGGUAAUUGUCACUUUGAGUUGUUUAAUGGGUUCUUGGAGGUAGAGCGAGGACCCAUAAGGAAAUCAGUAAUUUUAGUUUGUGCGGAUAAAGUCUUCUUCUGUGUUGAUUGAAUCCGUGAUUUGGGAACAUUAACAGGCAGGAAGGGCUUUGCCGGGGAGAAAGAAUUAGGCAAAGUUGGUAAGGUCGGAUGCUGUUCAUUGAGGUGAGUAGUAGCAAGUCUUUGAUGGGCUAUACUAGUAGAUCCAUCGGAGUUAUCAGUCUUAACCAGGGUAGCACUAGGAGGUGUUCCAGUCAUCACUUGUAGUUGCUGCGCAGCUGGAGAAGAAUUAUCGCGCAGAUGUAUAGAAGGACAUGAACGCGGAGAUGGUACAUGCAUAGUCAUUUCCUGGUGAUCUUCAGACAGGGUAGAUUCUAGCUCAGGCAUUGAGGCAAAGGAAUCGUCAACUUCCGUAUUUUGAUUGGACAUAAGAUCUAAGACGGGAGUAUUGAGUUUAUCAACUUCCUCCACGGUAGAAUGGUGCUGUUGGAGCUGUUGGUCAACAGGUGAUUGCUGAUUCAGAUCAGUAGGGGUAACAAAGUAGCAGGUUGAGAGAUUAUCAGGGCAUUUGAUGGAGACGCCUUGUGGGACGUGGAGUGCCUGCUCUCCUCUCUCAUCGGCAUAGAGGGGUCCCCUUGCGAUAGGAGUCUUUGUUUGAGUAGAUCCAAUCUAUCGAGAAUAGCCUGCUGUUCUUCUGAAGGGAGUUUUCCAUAGGAGAAGAUAAGAUUUCUCUCUUCAGGGAUAUUCCAAUCUCCGCUUGCAAUUGGAUCAUUCCUCAGUGUAGCUAGAUGGGCACUUGAGGUCGCAGAUGGAGCAGGAGGUACCCAGCUAGGUGUUUUCCCCUUUAUUAUAGGAACAGAAGGAGGAAACGAGCGUUCAUUGCCGGUUAAGGUGUUGGCAAAAAGAGGUUUAACACUCGUGUCCUUAAAGACUCUUGAUGUUACAAUCUCCCAGGGUGCCAGCCGAUCUUUCUCUCUUGCAAGGAGAUGUGGGAUCCUUGCAGACUGGAAGGAGAGCAUAAAUUUCCUUGGCCAGGGCGUGGCAAUUAGGGGUACUACAGAUAUAAGAUCUAUCUGGAAAAAAGGAAUAUUUAACAAAUCACGUAGGUACCCUUUAGCCAUCCUCAGGUUAUUCCACCUAAGUCUGGGGGGCGUCACGGGAAAAAAUGGCUAGACAUAUUUUAUUAGGUUGAAAAAUCAAGGAUUGCCUAUUCCUUUGGGGCAGUGGCGGCCUGCAUCUUGAGCUCUUAAGGUGAAAUUUCUGGUCAGGUUGUCUCUUUAAGGCACUUACAAGCUGCACAGGAGAUUGAUGCAAAUUAGAUAGCUCAGUUGAGGAAGGUAGAUGAGCCAGAAGGGCCCGUGAAAGAUUAUUCAAUGUCAAAGAAAUCCCUCCAAUUCCUUGAAAAUGAAGCUUAAAGUCCUGAUUACCAGUUGUAUUUGAUCAGGUACUAAUUCAUGGGCAGUUUGCCCUAAUGCGUCCCGUUUCAAUGACGGAGGUGUAAUUAGGGUAUCAGGGAGGAGGGCUUCCCUAUGGCUUCCGUCCCCGCUGGAUCAGCUAGCUUUUCCGGCUCUCCUUGAUCAUACAGAGGCCAAAAGCGGUUGUAUGUUUCGACCGCAGAAACAAUUACUUGCUCUGUUUUGCUGUUAUUGUUAGUAGAUGGUGGGGAGAUUCAAGCUUCGACUGCUUUACUCUUGGAGGUGAGCAACCUUUCUCAGCAGAUCUUGGUCGCUUGCCAUGACCCAUUUGUCGCUGUCUCACUAACUACGGAGGUUCAAAGUAGAGAUAAACGGAGAUAAAGAGAGAACUUAUCUUUUAUGGGCGCAACUCCUCUGCUACUCCUCCUCCUCCACUUCUCAACAUAGCCCAGUCUUCAAGGCGGCGUUACUAAUCAGCGACAGGCUUUCUCAGCAGAGGGUUUGAAUAUCCUUGUUGAUACGUAUAUUGGCACCAACAGGCCAACCGUAGAAGUAAAACGAUUAAAAACUUCUAACAGAAGUAAAAUAAUUUAAAAGUCUAAUAAAACAACUAUAAAAACAGCAGUAAAAAGCUAUAAAAGGCUAUAGAAGGUUUGUAAUCCGGAGGGUUCACGAAGGAGAAGUUGUUACAGCCGCCAUCUUAAUUCCGAGAGAGCUUACGUAUUGAAAAUCCAAUUUUUCCAUAUUCUUUUAUACCAUUACAGCUAGAAACCACUUAACUUCAAUCCAACAUCAUUCUAACAUUCAUUAAUUUUGCAAUAUUUCUGUAAAUAGUCUUUAAAUUUCUUCCAAUCUUCUUCUACCGACUCUUCUCCCUGGUCUCGGAUUCUGCCAGUCAUUUCCGCCAGAGGUCAUUCAUAUGCUGUAUCAAAUGGGGGCCUGAACUGAACAUAGAUCUUUCUCAACUUACUGGGACUAUUCCCUUUAUCACCAGGAAAAGAAAGUCCUCCGGUAAGCGAUGUCCCGGAUGAUUCUGAUGAGCCCAUGCCUGUGCCAGAAGAUCUUUCCACCAGCACAGGCGGACAGCAGAAUUCUCGCAGCGAGAGAGUUUUGGGUAAGAGCAUUGCUAUGUGUGGCUUGCUGCUUCCAUGCACGAGGUGCUUCUCGAUUCACUUGGAGGACUGAGAAUGCCUUACUUCUGAGGCAGGUGUUUUUGUUUUGUUUCUGUCUCGAAGGUAACAGGCCCCUUUUAACCUAAAAGGUUAUAGCCAAUAAUCUAGCUUUACAAUACGUGGUUCCAUCAAAGACGGUUCCCACGCUCGUUCUGCACGGAAAUGAUUUUAUGACAGAAAAGUAAAAGCAUAAGCAUGGGGUUAUGGGGGAAGGGGGUAGAAGAACACACAGAAAACUUUCCUGCCUCUCUGUUAGAUUUCCAAUGUUAACCUGGAUUAUGCUUUGUAAAUUUAAUAGCUCUUGAUUUGAAAUAGAUAGCAAGCAUCUGGAAUAACUGCAAUACCAUUAUCCCAGUCUCAGUUGUCUGUAAAUAAUUUCCAGUAAUCAAAAUCAUUGGUUUUCAGCUGAUUGAUGGCUUGCAACUCACACUUGGUCACACCCUGACCUGAAGUGGAUUGCAGCAGUGGGACUGCCCCAAGUUUCUUGUCUGCUGUUUACAUUUUAAAAGACUGGGGAAGCAAGAGAGAGAUGGGGAGAAAAGCAGAGAGAAGGGAUGUGGGGGAAUGUAAAUAUGGGGAGGAAAAAAGAUGGUAAAAAUUAAAAGUGUGACCCAUUUGUUAGAGAUUGGUCUUGAAGGUGGGUCCUGGCUCUGAAAAGACCACUCAUCUAAAUCCAAACUUUAGCUUGCUUUCUGGUGCAAUAUAAUGUACAAAAAUAUUAUCCUGAUCAAGGAGAACUUCUGUAUAACCAAAUGUUUGAUUACCAAGUGAUUUGUGAGGUUUCUCCAGUUGUUUGGAUUUAAAAAUAAACAAAUACAGGAUGUGAUCCAGGUAAAGUACAUCCAAAGGCAUGUAGACCCCACUGGUUUUCAUAGGAAAGGGUUAAGAAUCCAAUAAUAGUAAUUAAACUGUAUAUGUGGCAGCUGAAAAAAGUUGUCUAUUCCCUAGGAAUCCACCGGAUACAUGCGUGAUUGCCACUUUCCUUUGCUGGAUUUAGUUGAUGAGUGUCUCCUCCAGUAAGGCAGAACGACAGAGUAAAUUUGUCAGAGGCUGCAACUCAUCCUAGUUGUUGCAUUUAGAAAAUGCUCCUCCCCCAGGAAGAAUAACAGGUUUAAAUAAUUUGUCCUCUUUCAUUCUCGAUCCCUGGGCUGGUUCCUCAUCCAUUGAUUGCCCAACAUUUGAUGACUCACUGCUGGAUUUGCAAACAACCUCCAUUGUAAAGCAGGUUGUGUUUGAGGUGCCCUGAAAGCGCUGCCUGGGGUCCUUGUCAGCUUGGUCACACAUGCAAGUUGCUGUUCAGCACCGCAGUUCUGAAGUCACGAACAUGCAUGAAUGUGUGAAUCAGCCCAGCCAUGGAAUCUGAUCUCUUGGGAUCCAGAAAUGCUUCUAAAAUGUGGUCACACGCUUGCUUCCUUAGUAUGGCAUCUGGGCUGCAGGGGAAGAAGUGGUCCCUUCCCAUUCUGCGCUUCUCUCGAUUCAGUGAUGAGCUGCAACACAGAUUAGGCAAGCUCUUCUUAUCAUGGCAGCUGCAGCACAGCGUGAGGAAACAUUCUUACAUGGCAGAUGGAUGAAGCACCACUUUUUCUUUUAUCAAAGAUCUAUAGCUUCUUCCUUUCCCUCUUUAUUAUCAGAGAAGCUGGCAGAGCUAGCUGAGUGAUUAGAGGGAAGGGAAAAAAGAAACGAAAAUGUAAUUCAGAGCUAACGCUCUGAUCAAUGGGGCUGCAGCAGGUGGAGCCGUGCUCUUCCCCCAGCUGUGCUCACGGUGGGGAGCAGGGGAGCAAGGCAGGGGGAUGCUCUUGAGGUGCCCAUCCGGCAGCAGAGCUGGAGCUCCUGUCACCCGUCGCGCACUGCGCUGAGCUCCCCACUUCCUUGCCCUUCCUGGUAAGAUCAAUGAGUCCUGGUGUUGAGAAGCAGGAGAGCAGCGCAGACCCACUUGCCCUCUGCCGCCAGCUUCCACUGGAACAGUCUUGUACUCUCAAGUUUUACACAUAAAAUUGGCUUCACAAACUGUAAAGAUUGUGACUUCACGCCCUCAGGUGAUGUGAGGUCCCGGGCAGUCUGACCAUGCAGCUCUGGCUGAAUGAGGCGAGUUUGGAGGGUAUCAUUCAUGGGUGGCCAGCAGUUGCUCAUUUUGUUUAUUACUGUAUUAUUAUACAUUUAACCACCAUAACUGGAGGGUGUGAUUUGGAUUUUCUGCUUUGGGUGUUGAAACGUGCUGGGCCAUCUCUGGGCAUUGAUGAGGGAGGUGGGGGGGCAGCUGAGGCCAGAAAGAGGCAGACGGGCCUUAGUUUUUUACUUUUGCAGCAUGUGUAUGAAAUAAAAACAUGAUAGCAAUGUUUAUUAAAUAUACACAUGGUUUCAUGCGUAUUUUCUUACAAAAGUAAAAUAUGAGCCAUGUGACUACAAGAGACUAUGGCAAUACUCAACUUCCAGCCUUGGAGGCGUUUGCCACUGAAAACCAUCUACUGGGAAGCAACUGUGGAGAGGGAUGUCGCCUUUAUGAGCUGCUUCGGGGCUUUCCGGAGGCAUUUGGCUGGCCUGUGUGGAAAACUGUGGAUUUUAUAUAAUACUGUUGUGUAAGUCAUUGUAUGUGGUUGCACCUUUGCCUUAAAAAUGGACUAAAAGUCUAUUAAAUAAGUAGGAUGCUAACAUGCAUAAAUGAAGGCCAUGCUAAAUUUCUCCCUGAGGCCUGUUCAACUGAAGCAAAAAACUGAACUGAAGCGGGGGGUGGGGGGAUUACGCAGAAAAUCCUUUGAUUGCCACAACAUUCUUGGAACCAGAAUACUAUCACAACCCUGGAAUGCCAUCCUUGAGAAUAUUCCUGCUGACAGGGCCAGGCCGCUCGUGAGGGAAGGUGAGGUGGAUGCUUCAGGCAGCAGGAUCCACAGGGCAGCAGAUCCCGCCUCCAAAGAACACAUCACCCGCUGUCGCCGCCAACCCAUUUGCUCUUGGGAGGCUGGAUCUGUCCCCCCCCCCCAAUGCUGCCUCCACAGUGGCCUCUUGGCCCAUUGGAGGCGCUGCUUGUCUCCUCCCACCCUUGUCCACAAUGUUGGUCUUUAAUCCGCCCCCCUUGUUCCUGAUCUUCACUCCCUCCUCCUUCAUUGGCAGGGGUGGGGGGCACUCCUUUGAGGUUCGCCUCAGGUAACAAAAUGCAUUGGGCUGGGCCUGCUUGCUGGUGUCUGUGCGCUCACUCCGCUAUGGGCAGCUUGGGAAUUGUGAUUUAUAGUAGUUGCUUGGGGGGAAAACCCAAUUAGAAAGGAAGGAAAUCUGGCCAAGAUCAGCCGAUUUUACAGUAACCAAGAGUCAAGUGCUUCCAUACUUCUUCCAUUGAAAUAAAUGGGAUUUAGAAGAAGGCUGGAGUUUUGCUGGAUCGUGCCUGGGUUUCUUAAAAACAAAUCUCUUGCCCAGCCCUUCUCCAUCCUGGAGCCAGCCAGGAUAAUGGGGGUGUCUGCUGAGGAGCUCCUGUCUUUUCUAGGAACAAUUUCUGUGCUCCUAAUGUUUGAUUACACUCCCAACUAGGAAUGUGGGAAUCUACCAUGUGGAAGUGCCGUAGGAUUUCCACAUAGCUAAACAGCAAGGCAGUGUUCACAUUCUUGUUUCCAUUAGGCUCCUACUGGUGUUCUGGAAUAUGGUUCCAAACCUUUCAGAUUAGAGAAAUCCUUAAAUGCAGAGGCCGGCUUCAAAUGUAGGCAAGAGUAUAAGGAAGGUGGCUUGGUAGAAAAGGAAGCCAAAAGGCUAAAGGGGAAGUGCUCCACCCCAGAUUGAGAAACACAAUCCACUCAGCGGUGGUGUUCUAGAGGCUGUUUUGACAAAGGUAAUAAAUAUCUAGUGCUCUUGAGUAGCGAGAGUGGCUGUGGAGCUGCUUUCUUACAACUAACCGGUGUGCUUCCAAACAAACACAUUGGCCAUGCUGGUAGGACUGGUGGGAGCCUCAGCUCAGUCACAACUGCAGGGCCAAAAUCGCCUGACACCUGGUGUGUUGCUUUGCAAAGUGCAGAGUAGGUCAAUUUGCCUGUAAAUGUGAACUGAAUUGCAGUCCUCCCCACCAAGGACUGUGUGGGUCACGUGCUCCACUCCCUUUCUGAAUAACAGAAUUACCCAGUGAUCCUGUGUCCUUACACACAUUACAGCAGAUGCAAAGCAACAGAUGACUUCACUAUCUAAAUCUCAGGAUUGUGAUGCGGCGGGGGGGGGGGUGCAGCAAAGGGAGGGGAGGGAUAAGAGAAGCAAAGGAACAAAGGAUGGAUGGGUUCAAAUGCAGCUGAUAUGUACUCAGCCCUUGGUGCAUUUGCAGGGUGAAGACUGCGGAGACAAGCUAGCCCUUCACAGAAAACAUUUUGAGACGGGGCUCUAAAGUGCUUCUGGGUAGAUAUAGAAUAAGCCGCUGUUUCACACUUCCAUUUUACAGAGCAGUCCUGUACAGUAUACAUGUCUAUUCAGAAGUAGGUCCCAUCCAGUUCAGUGGAGCAUACAGGGUUGCGGCCUUCAUUACGCUGCAAAACAGGUGUAUUUUUCAACAGCAAAAUUUAUCUCUGCCCUCCCCUCUCCCACUUUCUGGUACCAUCCCUUACAUCAUAGUAAUGCUGCAGGUGUUGUGAUAGUUUUCACUAACCUAGAGGAAAGAGAGAAACUUACUGUGAGUCUAACGUGCUUCUGGAUGAAAAGAAUCAAAAGAUUCUUUGGCUAAACUGGAGAUACUGUGUGUGCCUCAUUGUGUGGCUUUUUUCAAUCCGGAUAGUGAGCCUGCUGAUCUUAUCUGCAGUGGGAGGAAGUUGCUUUUAUCUGAGAAGCGCAUCUCUCCCAUUCUGAUAAGUCCUGCUUUAGCUGUGGAGUUAUAUUUAUCUAGUGGGAUCACUGGCUCACCAGCCGCAGCCGCAGCCGCAGUGGGGCUGUUACUGAGGGGAGGCCAAGAUGAGCCAGGCAGGAUCCUGCAGAAGGAAGAUCAGCCUUAGAGUAAGUCUUGGACUCCCUGGGGAGCGAGAGGCGAAUGAGCCCAUCUCUGAAGGAAGGCUGGGGGAGCCCAAGUCCAAGCUGUAGCUCUCGCAACAUGCCAGCUCAAACAAAGCACUUUUCCCCAGGGCCCAUCCCAAGGAAAAGUUGGCGAGACCAAAUUCCAGGUCACUGUUUAGUCCUCCAUUUCCUAAAUUGGGUAGCUAGAAAGUGAUUCCUUAAAGAGGAACACCAGUUUCCUGCCCCUUUCCCCACAAACCAUUGAACUGAGGUGAAGAGGGACAAUAGCAGAUUUUUUUUUCUUUUUAGAAAAAAAUAAAGAAUUCCCCAAGCAUGCAAUAUCAGGAGAGGGAUGUCUAUGUAAACAAAAACACACAAGGGCUAUUUGAGGAUGAAGUGGGACAAAGCAGGUGAAAGGAGCAAAAAAGAGAAGUUUAGUCAAAAGGAUGUGAUAAAUGCUCCCUGUGUUUACCCUUUGCCCCCCCCCAAUGUCUCUGGCCUUUGAGUGAGUUUCUCAUUCUACAGUCAGUUUUUCAGUUUUUCUCUCUGGUCUGAGGCAUUUAUUUAUCCCAGCCUUUAUUUCUGGUCACCACAUUUUUCUGCCCAGCUCUUUGUUGGCAAAAAGCAACUGUGAACCGAUGGGAGGACCAGUGAGGUUGCUUGAGGAACCUGACUCCCCUAUUUUAUUCAUUUAUCUAUUGCAUAAUGGGAGGCAAUGAUGGAGCAUAUUCAGUAGUCAUGCUUUGCAGUGCAGCUUCGUGUAUACAGAAGAAGGAAGGGGAGAGUGUAAACGUACGUAAUAGCAGAGCUCUUAAAUAGUGCCUCUCAAGCGCUUCGCAUAUAUCAGUAAGCCUUUGAGCAGCCCUGCGAUGCUGGCCUUUAUUAGCUCCACAGCACCUUUGGGCUGCCCACUGUGGACUUCCUUCUCUGCCCACAUGCCUGUCAGGCAGAAAUGUAACAGGUGGAUGCUUUUCCCACCACUUAGCCCCAUAUCAGAAAAGCUUCAACUGCUUAAUUACAUGGUCGGCUCAUCCACUCUUCCCCUUUCCCCAUGAUUUCUUCUGUUUGAACCAUCAUGGACAUUUGCUCCGAUUCAGCCAUAAACGGGGUUUUCCGGGGCGGGGGGAGUGGUGGGAGAAAAGGAAAACCUCUCAGACGCAUGCUGAGAAGUCAUGGAUCAAACGGAAGGGUGGGUGAGCCCUGUGUCCGGCUGGUCCCAAAGGCCCAAGAGCAGAGCAGCCAGCCAUGCGGGGGGCCGGGGGGGGGGGAGUUAAACUGUCUCGGCAUCCCUGCCUGGAGGAGGGGUUGAGAGACUGUCUGCUUCUGUCCCUAACCUCCACCUGCGGACUGAGUUGCGCAGUGUAGGCCCUAAGUGCAUCCUCCAGGCCCUCCGCUUUUUACAGCCGGGCGCAUGGGGCUGUACAUGGGCUCCCUGCAGAAACCUUGCUUGCCAUCUGUGAAGAGAGGGAGGGGCUGGGCCUCAGGUGCACUUGCAGCCCCCCCCUUUCCUCAUUUCCAUCCAGUGUGACCAUCCACACAAAGCUCUUGAUCAUCUCAGUCUGGAUAAUGAAUACUCUUCUUGUGGCCAGGCAGGCUGAUUCCCGGAAACCGCAGGGGUUCUUUCGCCUCUUGGCCCCCACAACAGAAAUUAAAUUAAGAAAUGUUAAUUCAUGGGGGGGCAGCAGAGAUUUUGUUGGCUUUGGAGCCCAUGAUACCUUGAAAGGAUGGAAUAACAAUGAUAAUGAGGUAUUAUCUGAAUCUGCAACACCUUUUCUUAAUUUUAUCUCUAUGUUGCUGGUAGAUCCUAUUGAAAUUGGUAUCCUGUCAUGGGCUUUAUAUUAAUGCUAAAUGGAUUUUUUUAAUAUACUUCCACCAAAAUUGCUUGAGCAAAAGAAAAUAAAAAAGUGUUUUGUUGUUUGCGCUUUAUAACUAAACCCAGGGGGACUUCGUACAUUUAUUGAUCACUGCUGUAAGCGUUUUUCAUAUCCACUUUAACCUUGACAAUAAAAGCCAUUUAAUUAAUUAAUUCAGCUUGUAGGCUGCGUUACUAUUGGAGAAAUACACAAAACAAAUAAAUAUUUCCCCUCAGUUCCAGUUACGCUACACUCAAGCAAGCAAGCAACAAUUAAGUACAAAGUGCAAUCAUAUUCUCAAAGCAGCAAGUAAAACAAAGGCAUCAUUUUAAAAGUACCUUUUUUGAAGAAGCCUGCCUUAUGGCGAUGGAGGGGUGCCAACCUGAAUGAAAUAUUCAGGGGGUUGGCGCUGCAUAACUGAUCACAAAACACUCACAAUAUUUCAAUGGCAAUGCCCAUCAACCUUGGGAGGGUCCAGCCCCUCAAAUAUUUUAUUGGUGGAGGGGCAAAGAGACCUGGGCCCCUAGGAGUUGGCUCCUAUGUGGCAAAACGCCAUUUCAGAGGAGACCAGCCGAUCCCCAUGUGUAGUUGUGGGCAAAGAGAAGGGCCUUUUCCUUGCCAGCCAUGCCUCAGGGCCCAAUGAAGGGCAAAACUCCUCUGAGCUUACAGCCGCUGCUAUCCAUGUGGAAAACUGUGUCCGGAAACACACACACACACCCCAACGCCAAACUUCCGGAGGAACACUUUGUUACCCAAAACUGGUUCAGUUUUUACUGACAUGUUCCUUAUAAAUACUUUCCACACUGAUCUCUUUAAACCUCCAUACAGUAGUCCUUUUUAUAUCAAACAUGGAGUUCUUUUUUGUAUCAUAAUGCCAUACGCUUCGUAUAUAACAGAAGUUGAGCACCUACAAGCCUUGAGCUCUCUUCCUAGUCUUCACUUUACUCUUUUUGGCAUCUGCUUAAAACAUUUAUGUUUAGGCAAACCUAUCCAGGCAUAUAGAAGUUACAUAUUUUAUUUCUUUUUGGCUAAUGUUGAUUUUAAUAAUCUUUUAAAAUAGUUUUAAUGCCUUUUUUACUGUUUUCUGUUGGUAAAGUUAACAUUUUAUAUUGUUUUUUUACAUUCAAGCAGUAUACACAUUUGGUAAAUAAAAAAUUAAUAAUAUUAAUAUGGAGGUAAGGGAGGGAAUAUGCAGCAGAACAGGCUGAUUAUCUGCCUCCAGGACCAACGAAGUCACACCAAAUAGCUGAGCUGAGUAGCACAAUUCCAAGCGUGUACUCCACAGUAAGAAUGCUUAGAACUGCGGCCUUAAUUGUUUUAACUGUAUUUUAUCCCACCUUUCUCUCAAAGAUCUCGAGGCAGCUCCAUGAUCUUUUGUUCUCACAACAACCCUGUAAAGUAGAUUAGGCAGAGAGAGAGAGAGAGCCAGGAAACUGUGCCUGAGCUGGGACCUGGACCCAGAUUUUAUGGAGCAAGUCCAACACUCCAACCACUACACCACACUGCAAUAAAAACAAUUAGCAGCACUGCUCAGGAAUAUAUCUCAUCCUCCUAAAAUAGAUUUCUAAAAAUCAUAACUGUGGAAAACUCACAAUGAAUCCUGUGCAUCCUCACAAAUCUAUAUGCCUAUCCUUGAAAUCUAUAAUUUAGCAGAGGCAGGAAAUGUAAGCCUAGCAAGCAGGCAGAUUAUGGGGGUACAGUGGUUUCCACUGAGUUCCACACAGCAGACAAGCUGGAAGGUGUACAGAGGAGGGCGACAAAGAUGAUCCAGGGUCUGGAAAUCAAGCCUGAUGAGGAAAGUUUGAGGGAGCUGGGUUUGUUCAGCCUGAAAAAGAGGAGACUGAAAGGAGACAGAUAUGAUAGCCAACUUCAGACAUCUAAAGGGCUGUCAACAUGGAGGAUGGACCUGAACCAAUGGCUUCAAGUUUACAAGAAAGGAGAUUCCAGUGAAACGUCAGGAAGAAUUUUCCGACAGUAAGAGACAGUGCAAGGUUGUGGACUCUCCUUCCUUGGAGGUUUUUAAGCAGAGGUUGGAUGGCUAUCAGUCAUGGAAGCUUUAGCUGAGAUUGCAGGGGGUUGGACUGCGUGACCCUCAGGGUCCCUUCCAACUCUACAAUUCUAUGACUCUAUGAAAAGGGACAUAGUUGGAGGGGGUUAAAACCUGCCCUCUGCUUCAAGCAAUACUGCCAGGAAUUCCCAAAGUAUAUAUGCCCUCCUUCUGCACAGCAUAUUGAAUAGCUUUUUAUGUGUCUUUCAUAUACAGCUUGCCUCUAAAAGCUCAUAGGUGGCCCUUAAUCAACUGGAUGCUGUUAUAUAAGAUGUUUCACUGGCUGGCUGAGUGCAAUUGUUGUUUAACAAAGUGAAUUUUUAAAGAAAUAAACAGAAUAAUCUCCUAAGGUGAUUAAUAAACUAAGGUGACUUUCUCGAUUCUGUAGAAGGUCACAGGUCAUCUUGUCCCCAGCCAGCACAGUCAAGACCACCGUGUGCCCCAAAGCAGAGAGCAGGUGCACCAGCAAAAGUUCCCUGCAGAACAAACAACUUCAGAUGAUGUAGGCCUUGAACUCCUAAGAAAAACCCAACUCUUCCUGUGUUGACUGGUGUUGCCUAUGUGAAAUUCAUUCUUCCUCCUCUUUUUUACCGUCACAGUGCUUAGAUUCUCAGAUACUUGCGCAUUUCCUGAGAACAGAGUGAUCCACACAUUUGGGGCUGUGGCUUUGCUUGGGUUGUGUUUUUCAUGUUGAGGCACUGGAUGGGGGAGAUUACGAGAUAGGGGUGAGAGAGCUCUCGCUAGUAGCACAUUUAUGCAGCUGCUGCUGCUGCACCAGGUAUGCAGGGAGUCCCUGUGCAUAUGUACUUGAUGGCCUGCGUAGUGCAAGAAAAAGGUGUCCUCUUGCACUGCCUCAUUUUUCUGGAGCAUCACAUUCCGGUAAAUGGAGACUCGUACUGGGUCAGUGGUUUUCGGAUUUCCUUCUCUCAGGGAACCCUUUGUGUUGUGCACCAGUUUAUGUACUUGCCCAGUUAAGAGCACAUCUGUGUGCAGUGAUGUUCCUCCUGCUCCCUGCAAGUACAGAAAUGGAGCCAACCUGGUUGCCAAAUAGCAUUUACCUCUCCUUGGGGCCAGUUUACACAGGCAUGCUCAUCAUUUUACACAUCAUAAAGCAGAAUGUGUGACUCCGCCACCACAGAUUCAUCAUUUCAGACUGACCAUUCAUGUACUUUUUAAUGGAGACAGUUCACACAUUCAGUGGUCACCAUGCUGAGUAAUUGCGAUAGGGGAUGUGCGAAGGGACCCAAACACAUGUUGGUUUUGAGUUGGGUCAGGAGACACCUGCUCUAAUGGCUUGGAUAGGAGGCAGAUCCUGUGUUCAGAUCACCUGGGUUGCAUAUAUUAUAAAAGCAGGGAGCAUCUGGCUGAGGCUCCAUUCAGGUUUCCUUAGUUGGCCAGCAGCUUCCUCACCACUCCCAGCUGCAACCUCCAAAAUAACCCGUGCUUUCUUCCUCUGGGUGACUUGACAGUACUUUAGACAUCUGUUACAGAGGGACUUUCAGAAGUGCCUCACUGACGUUCCCUUUUUAACAUUUUUUACAUAGCCAGCACUAAGGAAUGCAUUAAAAACAAAGACCUGCCCCAAAUUAAGGUAUAAAAUCAACUAUGGCUCCAUCGAGCCUUGUAUUCCUUGCUCUGAGCAGGAAGCACUUCUGCAAGGUCUUUCCCCCCAGCCCUGAUCCAGAGCUGACUUCAUGAUUUUGAGAGAAUGCUCAGCGAGAAUCUACAACCCUUAGUCUUGCUACAUGGAAGUUUCUUCCUGAACAAACAGGAUGCUGAAUGUCACAAUCUCUUUGGAAAGACCUUCUCUGCUAUCUGGCCCAUCAGGGAUGGCCACUUCAUCUCCUCCUCUGUGUGUUUUGCAACCAGCACAGCAACAUGUUGAGGGGUUGCUCACAGGCCACAUUUUGCAAAUGACUUGGCUGGGACACAGCUUGAUUGGUCAGAACAGCAGGAACAACAUUGCUUGAUUAGCUGUGUCCUUCCAGAAACAUAAGUUUUGUGGUGCCUUUCUGUUAAUUUGGGAGAAACAGGCAGUAGCAGCAGAAACAGGUGAAAAGAUCCUAUUGCCUUAUCUGAAUGGACAGUUUAGAGUGGACAUGGAGAGAGCAGAAUCCCACCCCCUGCUUUUCCUCUUCUUUCUUGUUCCUCAGCUGCUGUUGUCAAUUCAAUACAGUAUUUAAGGGAACUUCUUGCAUUUGGUGGGGGGGGGAGUCAUCUUUGUGGCGAUGUUUUGGUGGGUGUCCUCUAUCACCGCACCCCCUAGUUCUAUUUUCUCCUCACCUGAACACAACCAGUCAUUUUGUCUCUGGCAGCCCAAACUAUGCAGGUGUGCCUAUAUCCACCUCCGGAUUUCAACAACCUGGUUCUCAGAGUUCUUGCUGUUGAGUCACUUCUUUUUGGGAGUGGGGAGUGGCGGCGGGGGCAGCCGUUGAUAGCAGUCGAGAAGUUUAAAAAAUGAUAUAGAGGUCUCAUGGAAAAGUGGGGUUUUUUCAGUGUGAAAGUGUUCUGCCCACCUUUUUUAUUCCUGGGUUUGCUUGUGGCACAUGAAGGGGAAACCAUUGAUCCUGAGGAAGGGGACACUUGCAUCCCUUGCAGCUGCCUCUUCAUGUUGUCCUGCCAUGUGAGCGGCAGAGUGUGUGGCAUUUCUGGUUUGUGCUGGAAACUCUGAGGUGUUGCCCUGACUAGAGCUGCCAUUUCCCAUCCUGCAAACAAGGAGAAGGAGAAUUAUGGCACUUCCGAGGAUCGGCUGCUUUGGAAUCGGAUAAGGGGGAAUGCCACCACUUCCGCUUGGGUGAAAUUGAGAAGUGUGGAGAUGAAAUGGACAGUCUUGGGGGGCGCCUCUGAAAUUGACAAGUGCACAUAGUGGCAGCACCCUGACACUGCCAGAGUCCCUUUCCAAGAAGCCACUUGCUUCUUUGUCAGGGAGGCUGAUCCGUGCAAGGAGGGAAGGGCCAACUGCAGCCCCAGCAGCUCACUUGCAAGCUAGAACACUUCACCCCAUUUCCCCCUUCUCCUUUUGCACUGCUGGUCAGGACUCAAGCGCUUGGCUGCCCACUGCAUCCCCAUCCCCGUCUUGCUGUCAAGCAGGGAGAGGAAUGGGCUUGAUCCUGCAGGAGAGCAAAAACUCGCCUCAGCAGAAGUGGCAGCUAUAAUUAGAUCUGUGCUGCUCAUGCACACUUCCGGGGGGAGGGGGAAUGAAAAGGUGCGGUGUGCACAAGUGCAAAAAUAUCCCCUGGAAAAAGGGAAAAAAUAAAAAGCCCCCCACCUCUUGCAAAGCAUGAAAACUAAGGUGUGGUAAUAACUAAGCUCUUGCAAUGUUUGCUCUUGUGCACUUGCAGUGAAUUUCCCUCUUUCUCUUUUUUUAUGAAGUGUCAAUGCACAGACACAGAAACGCUUGCCCAGAAUGGAAAAAGAUUGUGGAGGGCAGAGGAGGAGCGCUUGUCAGGAGGGACAAAAAGCACACUGGGGGUGUUUUCCAGCAAGCUUGGCCCACUUUUGGGGGUGGGCAAGAGGAUGAAUAGCAAUGAAUGCGGUGACUGGGGGGGAAAGGGAGCGUGUGAACCUUUGUCUGCAAAUUGUGCACACAGAAAAAUGGAUCUGAAUGGGUCCAUUUGUGAGAUAAUGCACAUUCUUUAUUAUUAUUAUUUAUUAAAUUUGUAUAUGGCCUUUCAUCCAAAGAUCAGAGGGCUGUUCACAGUAGAAAAUUGCAAAAUGAAAACACAACCUCCCUCUCACAGAUACAUAUCAAAGGACAUUAAUCAGCCAAAGGCCUAGUUGAAGGGAAACCUUUUUGCCUGGCGCCUAAAGGUAUAUAAUGAAGGUGCCAAGUGAGCCUCCCAGGAGACGGCAUUCCACAAGUGGGGAGCCAUCUCAGAAGAAGCCCCUUCUCAUAUGGCCACCCUCUGGAUCUUGCAGAAGGGGGCACAUGAAGAAGCAUAGGAGCCAAUUCCUAGGAUACCCCCCUAAAAUAUUUGAGUUGAUGGGCAUUCCCAUUCCAAUGGUGUGUGUGCACUGCGUCAUGUGAUCGAUUAUGCAGGGUGGAGCUUACCUGGGCCCCCACCAUAUUUUAUUCAAGUUGGCACCCCUGUGAAGAAGGAGCUCAGAUAUCUGGGUCAGUUGACCUGGAAGCCCCCUCUGUCUUUUAGAACAGCUCAUUACAAAAGUUAACCAGUCCUCAUUUGGUCAACAGUUUUUAAACUGUGCCGUGGAUCUUCCCUGGAGUUUCUUGAACGAUGACCAGGGCUUCCUCUAGGGUAAGGUAAAGGUAAAGGGACCCUGACCAUUAGGUCCAGUCACAGACGACUCUGGGGUUGUGGCACUCAUCUCGCUUUACUGGCCGAGGGAGCUGACGUUUGCCCACAGACAGUUUUUCCGGGUCAUGUGGCCAGCAUGACUAAGCCACCUCUGGCGAACCAGAGCAGCGCACGGAAAUGCCGUUUACCUUCCCGCCAGAGCGGUACCUAUUUAUAUAUAAAUACAAUAUAUAUAGUGUAUGUUAUUUUCAUGCCAGAUGCAUUUCUAAGCGCACUUCCCCCUAGUAGAUGCAUUUUGUACACGUUGCUUGGCUGGAGAACUGUGCUGCAAAAUUUUGGAGAAGUCCCUAUUUUGACAGAUGGCCAUGUUUCAGUUCAGGAAAAUGUGAAUUAGGUAGGUUCGUCUUUAAAUGUGGACAGAUUCGAAUUUCUCCCCCUUGUCCAGCUGGAGUUUUACAGCAUGUAAGUCAUUCAAGCAGAGCAUGGAAAACUGUUUCAGUGCAAAGGAGGCCAGUUUUCUCCUGGCUUGGUUGUUGUUUUGCUUCUCGGCUGAGCCACCAAGCGCCAUUCCCGGCGUGGCUUCCCUUUCUGUCACUUCUCCAUAACUCUUCACAUUUCAGUUGGGCUCUUGGUUGCCUUCUGCUUCCUCUUUUUCCUGCAUUCCUAUAUUUCAUUAUUUGCAGCUUCUUCCUCUUCAAGAGCUUUUUCAACAAUGUGAGGAGGAUGUGGAAACCCAGUUACAUUAUGAGCAGCAAAUUGAGAAACUAACAACACAAUCCUAACCAUGCCUACUUGGAAGUAAGUUCUGUUGAAUUCAGUGGGGCUUACUCUCAGGUAAGUGGGGUUAGAACUGCAACCUAAGACUACUUACACACUGUUGCUAUUUUGCGAGUGGGAUAUACUGACAAAUUUAGGUUGCACAAGUACAGUAGUGAAUUUGGUGUUCUUGUGCAACAAACCCACAGAAGAGUUUCGUGCAGGAGGAUUUUGUGCAAAGAAAACAGAGUACAAAAAUCACAUUGAAAUAAAUCCACAGCAGAUACAGAUAUGUGGACCUGGAGUUUCCAGCUUCCUGGUGUUUCCAGACCUAAGAAAAGGACUCAAGAGAUGAGAUAGACUCUCCAAAUCAUCAGCUGGGGUUACCUGCUUAGAUAUUUUCAGCUUGAACACUUACAUUUCACUCAUUGCCCCCUGCACAAUAUUUAAGCCAACAGGAGCAAAGGAAUAUAGACACCUGAAGGCCCAAGAAGAUGAUUCCCUCCAAAUCCCAAAACCCAUUCUUCUUGCUGUAGGUCAUUUCUACAGACCUGCAGGAUUGAUUGAAAACAUAUUGGUGCCUGACGUGCUUGGUCAUGAGCAGAUCCACUAGCCUAAGGGAUUCUAGCCUGCUGCUUAAAUCAGAGGGGUUUCCAGAGGGGAUUUUUUCCCCCUGCAACCCUUUCUAAAAGUGCAGUAUUUCAAAGAGCUCUCUGAGCCAGCAGGCUUGCAAGGAAGCUCUGUCACUCCUUGUGGUAAGCUUAGGGUGCUCAUUUGUGCAUAAUAAUUUUGCUACCCAUUGUGGAUGCAAAGUGGACACCUGCGGAAAACAGCAGAAGAAAGUUCUGGGAAGUGGAGAGGUGUGGAUCAGCCUUUCUCCCAGCCCACAACUCCUUAGUGCAAGCCACCCACCCUGAGAUCUGUGGGGGUUAGCAUGGCCGGGAUGAGGAAAGAAAGCAAAUGCCCAGAACUGAUGCAUUUGUGGAUUAAGCUAGAGAGGAACAGGAGCUGGAGGUUUCCUGUUAAGCCAGACGGGGAAGCUGCGAUGUGCUGUUUCAGCUGAACUACCCCAGUUCCCUAGGGAACUCAGAGUUCUUCACCUUUCACCUCAGAGCAGCUUUUCUGGCUAUUUCACUCUGCAGUCUGCGGCCUUCUGGAAAUAUGCAGAUUUGCAGCACUAAUUUACAUUGGAGAUAAAUCAGGAUCCAGCUCAACAAAAUGGUCAGACAUUAACUAUCCAUGGGAAAGCCCAAGUACUGAAUCUUUCUGACAUCAUUGCAAAGAUGGGUUUCCUCUGCCCUCAGCUUUCUUCUUGAAUUUCCGCAAUGCUUCAAUCCAGAGGAGUCGCUGGUUCAACCACAGCCUUCCUUCCCCAAGCUGAGACCGGGUGAUAAAACCAAAGGAGGAGCAUUGUGGGAGGCGCCACAGUUUGGUCAGCUAGCGCCAUUGCAUUUGAUGGAUCCAUCUAUUCCUGUAGAUAAGGAUGUGCUUACUUGUGGUUUCUAGUGCUAACUGGGCUUACUUGUGGUUUCUAGUGCAUUUAUCAUGAGAACCCUUAGAGCAGGGACAGGAAAUAUGUGGCCCACCUGAAGUUGGUCAGCUACAGUGCGUAUCACCCUGAUCACUGAUACGCUUGCAGGAGCUAAUAGGAAUCUGAUUCCAACAAUAUUUGGUGAGCCACGAGUUCCCCAUCAAUUGGAACCAUGUGGAAAACUGUGGCUCAGGAGAACUGAUGUAGAAUUAAGGAAUGACAAGGUCUCUGAGUAUAUACUUGGCCUGGAGAUUUGUUUUCAGUACUGAAAACAGAAUUUUUUGUCCUUUUAUGCAGAAAUCAACUCAUAUCCCCCCGUAAUAUUUUUUUUGGGGGGGAGAUGUAUUUUUGUUGUUAUUGUUAAAGAACAGAGAAAUCCUUGUUGCUCUACCGCAUAUCACCUAGAAAUCUACUGAUAAAUCUCAGUCACAUCUAAGCUACCAGAUGCAAGCCUACUGACAGAACAAGGUUGGGAUGGCUACAGUCAUUGCAUUGCAGAAUCAUAGAAUUGUAGAGUUGGAAGGGACCCCAAGGGUCAUCUAUUCAAACCCUCUGGAAUGUAAGUGUCAGAAUUAAAGCAUCCAUGACACAUGGUCAUUUUCAUGAAUAUAAGCCUUAGCAAUUGUUUAAGCUUCUUGCCAGAAUUGUGGGUUGUUGUUGUUUUAAUGCACUUCACAUUUUUCAUUUGUGCAAAUGUUAUAUCCAUUUGUUUUGUGUGUUUCAUCUAAUGAUGAGAGUUUAUCAACUCUACAGACUUUAAGGAGUUCCCAAGAGAACUCUGGGUAUACAGUAUGGGGGUGAGGGACCUCUAAGAGAAUUCUUAGCACCCUUGCCAAAGGGCAAUUCUCUGGAACCUUUGGUAGAUGGUGGGACAGUUAAACUGGUUCAAGUUCCAUUGAAUUGAAUGGGAGCUACACAGGACCCGGACGCUGCUCUUGCCUAACUCCUGCCCAUUUCAGUGAGGCUCUUCACUGAAAACUUCCUGAUGAGUUGUGACUAUGUUUGCUUGUCUGUAUUUUUCCCCAGAGGAAUUCAAAAUGCUUCCUCUGAAGUUAUCAUUAACUUACUUCAGAGAGUUAAGCUGCUGCAGGAUUGAAAUUGUAGCUAUAGAUCUGUUCAAAAUAGUUAAAUACAGCCAAAUAAAUAAAAGGCCUGUUUGCCACAUGUUUGCCAUUCUAAUUCUGAGUAUAUAUGGAGAAAGGAAACACCAGCCUCUGGGUUGGGUGGAGCUCUCAUUUCCCUGGUUGUUCAGCAGAAGAUAACUUAUCUGUGGUAGGCUUCUUUGCAGAAAUCAUUAAUAUCUACUUGGAGGAAACACUCCAGAGUCAGGGAAGGAAUUAAUGUACCAAACUGCUUGUCUAGAUCUUUAAUCGGUGAGAAAAAUUCAGUAUUUUCUGGAAAGAUUAACCAGAAUUUGCUGUUAUCCCUCAUAACAAACUCCUUGGCUAUGCAGAGUCCCAAGCCCUAGGAGUCUUGUGGCAUAUCUGCUUCACAGACUUAAGCUGACUUAAGCUACAGUCCUGUAUGCACUUACCUGGGAACAAACACCAUUUAACUCAAUGUGACUUUCUUCUGAAUAUACAUGUGUAGUUUUACACUUCUGUUGAUAGUCAUUAAUCCCCCAUGUUUUUCUGGGAAGUGUACUGCAGUUCUUUUCAGGGAGCAGAGGCGAGGAUGGGCUGAGCUAGGGCUCUCUAGAAGACCAUUUUCAGCACUCAUGCCAAACUGCAGCUCCCACAAUUUGGGUGUGUGUGUGACAGUUAAGCUAGCAUACAAUUGAUGUAAGUUCACAAUGUAGAUACACUCCCAGGCAUUGGCAGUUGUAGCCAAUGUAGUGCCCUUUUGAUCUUUUGGACUACGGCUCCAAGUAUCCCUGAGGAUUGGCCAUCCUGCCUGGGGCUGAGGAAGCUGGAAUUCAACGGACAUAUGAAGAACACCAUAUUGGCCACCCCUUCUCUAGUGUUUCCAGCUUAUAUCUCCAGCCAACUCGCUGGUUCUACCUACUGAGUGAUGGUUAUUAAAUGGGCUUGUGUACUGCAUAUGCAUGCUGAAGACACAAAUCCCUUUGCUUCAAAAACAGAUCUGUAUUGAUACAGUUGCUGUCAUUAUAGUGCAGUAUCAGAAAACAACACAGCAAAUGCUAUUAAAACCGGGUGGGGGUUGGGGGUUUUGUUUUGUUUUUUGCAACUGAUCAUUUCCAAGUGCAAGUCUUGGUCUGUGUCUAGACUGUCUCCCACCCUGAAAUCUGAAAUGGUUUUCCUGGUGCAACUGUAUAUUAGAUGCCAGGGGUUUCUUAGAUUCCAAGGGCUUACUUCUGUGCUGUAAUUCCUUUCUGUAUUUUAUCUCUGUGGUCGUGGCACUUGUCUUUUUCUUGGAAGCAAUGUCCUUUAUGGUUCUUUGACAUGUUGCUGAUCGCCUUACAACCUAGCAUCCUCUUUGCCUUCUUUAUUGCAGCUGCAUAUAGGGCUGAAGUCUUUAGGGAUUUUCACAGCAUCAUCCCCAAAUCCUUUUCCCGUAAGUAUACUGUGCAUGUGUUCUCAGUGUAUUACCAAGUUUCUCCAUCUUGCACGUUAUUUCUGUCACCCCUGUGUUUCCAUUUGUCUGUGUUUUGCUGUACUUGAACAGCCUUGCAUUUAUUUCACUUCCUAUUUUUCUUUUUGCAGCUUGCAAAUCUUUUUUAGUGCUACAGAUAGAAUCAUCUGUUUAGAGAGGGCACUUACGCGAUGACUGGCUAGAAAGUGUUAUAUCCUUACUGGUAUAAACUCUUGGAAUCAUGUUCACAAGGUGGCUAAAGUCCAACACUCCCCCCCCCCGAAAUGAUUCUGAGAAUUGAGUGCUUAAUUCUGCGGCUUAACUGUGAUUGGAUUGGGCCCUAAAUAUCCAAACAAAUGAUUUCAUAGGUUAAUCCAUUUCUUUUUAUUUUGCUGACAGAUUUCUGCUGUUGUCAUAAUUGUCAACACUGAUUUGGAUUUUAUAAUAAAUUAUUUAAAUGUCAACCGAUCACCUCUGUUUGCUUGUUGACACUCUCGAAGAAUUCAAAAACCCUUACAGAAGCCAUGAUUUAGCAUGACCUGGUUGGCAUUCAGUUGAGUUUUCCUCGGAAUAGACCUACUGAAAACUCAGCUGAAUACCAUCCUCUGUUUUUAACAAUGCUUUCCAUGAUUUCCCUUGGAAUAGAUGUUGAAUCAAAAAUUACAUCACCAAGCUCUUCUUGGGCAGAAGAAAUAAUUGUAUGCAGCCGACUGGCAACUUGUGCACAGUUAACUAGUGUGAUUGCAGCUUUACACGCUUGGCAGCUGGCCAGCUGAAAUCACACAUGGAAGGCCAAGGGCACAUAAAGAGCUUUUAAGCCCUCCGACUUCCUUAACGGGCUCUGGAAAGCUCUUUUUGGAACUCUGGGAGGUUCCCUCAAGAUCUUGUGGGCGCCUCUUGGGGGGGGCAAGGCCUGCUUGGGGUCCUGGCUUCGGAAAAGUGGGGGUGGUCAUGCGGCAAGGUUGUUCUGACUAGACACAAUUUUGUCUUUACAUGCAAUCCCCCGGAACAUAACCCCCACCCUAGUUGUGAGCCAAUUGUAGUUAACUUUAAGACCACCGCCUACUCAGGUCUCUGUAUGUGUACAUACAUACUCCAAUGGAAUUGUAGCCUGGUCUUCCUUAUGAGUAAAGAGAUGAAUGGCUCUCUAAUUGAAUACAGGCAGCAUUAAUUACAUUAGCAUUAAUUUCAACCUGAGGGUGCUAAAGGCAAAUAAUAAUAAUAAUAAUAAUAAUAAUAAUACCAACAAUAAUAAUACACUAUUAAUGAAAUAAAAAAUAUUAGAUAACACUGGAAGAAUCCUGAUAGUUCUUGCAAAUGUUUUCAGAUUGGGCAGGACAAUGCUGGUUCUUCAGGAGGACUUACUGCUGAGCAGACGUGGUUAGGAUUGUGCUGUAACUCUGUACCUGCCACAUACAUUAACUAGACAGUAGUUAUUCACUGUGCUGAAUAGUGGGACUAUAUUUGCAAAAGCUUGAGUCUGCAGUCCUAAUCCCACUUACAUGGGAGUAAGCCCCACUGAAUUCGAUGGAAGUUACCUCUGAGUAGUAGUUCUGUGCAGGAUCCCAGCCUCUGUCCCAGGCUUGCUUUUGAGACUAAGGCUGCAAUGCUAUACCCACUCAUCUGCGAAUAAUAGGAUUUACCUUUCUGUAGAUAAGGUUAGGAUUCAGGCAGAUUGAGGCUUCCCCCACCCCAUAGAGCCCCUGAGCGGUGAGCCAAACCUGCCUCUAGAGCCAGUGGGGAAGGAAAAUAUGACAGCAUUAUUUAUGUAAAGUCCUGCCACUGAAAAACCCAGAAACCGAACUGCAGUUGAUUAUGCAAAAUGCAAAGAAAUGCAAAAUGGUUGAAAGCCUUUUAUUUAAUGAAUACACUUUGGACGGAAAUGGACAAGGUGUUACAUCCCUGCUAAACAUGCAGGAAUCCUCUUGACUCUGGUGUUACCUUUCUUGAUCUGCGGUAACAUGGCAGCUGAUUUUGUGGUUUUAAACAACCCCCAAGCAUUUGGGAGACUUUCUUGACUUUUCCUUCCAGCUUCCUUUUCCCCAAUUCCAUCCUUUUUGGGCAGUUUCCUAUUUUGAAGUAAAAUGUGACCAUAUUGGUUUUGGGGUUGUUGUUUUCUUUGCCAAAUGUAUAUUUACAUAUAUAUUGGAUUUGAUAGCACUAUGGUUCAUGUUCGCAAGUGGGAACCAUUUAAGAUUCAGAACAGGGUUGCUGCCUUUUCUGGUUGGUUCCAUGAACAACUGUUCUAGGGCACAUUUAGGGUACCUAGAAAUUUCACUCCUUUGCUUUGACCAGAACAGUCUCUUUGAAGGUAAUCGAAGUCUCCUGUUACGGCAGAAUUUCCUCUUUUGGAUGCCUCCUUGAUUUCAUGCUGCACCCUCAAGGUCACCCUAAACAUUUUGACCAGGCUCUUGGGACCUGCUAUCUUUGAAAGGGUCUGCCCUGUUACAAAUUUCUAGCUUGAUGUCCUCUUGGAUGUACAGGGGUACCUUGGUUUGCAACCGUUUUGGACUACAACCACGUCAAACUCUGAAGUGUGUAUCCCUUUUUUUGGAUUACAACCAAUUUGUUUUUUGGAGGCCCCAUUGGCGAAAGUGCGCCUUGGGUUACAACCUGUUUUAGUUUACAACCGGACCUCCGGAACAGAUUAUGGUUGUAAACCAAGGUAUCACUGUACAAAGCAGCAACACCUCCAGUACACCCAGUACAUGGAAAAUGAGCAUUUCAGGAAGCAUAGUGAGGAAGCUGCCUUGGUCAGCAAAAGUUGAGAGGUGCCGAGUGCACAGAGCUGUUUGUGGCAUGGGACCAGUAAACUGCUGGCUUUGUUGGCUUUGGUACGUGGAAUAGGUUGGUGGUGGGGACACCAUUCAUAAGCAUGCCUCAGUCCACUUCAACAUUCAUGCCCUUUCAUCUGGUGUUUUCCAUUCUGUAGCAACUGGUUUAUUUUGUACAAGUAUUUCUUCCAUUUUGUCACCUGCUUAUGUAGAAACAUAUAUUGUACAGUGAUAGACAGGCACAUCUCCGUCAUCAGCAACAGAUAUUUACAAAUUGGUUACCUUCCUGGUAGGCAUGCUGGCUUGCCCCCACGAUUGAUGGGCUCACACCACAUGUUGCAACAUGCUGACGUGUCAUGUGCGUGCUUUGCAGUUUGCACGCAUGACAUGAGUAUGUGGCAUGGCAUGCACAUGUCGCCAUGGGAUAUUGAGGGGCCCGGGGCCCUCCUUGAAAAUUGGAGGGCCCAAGGCCCCCUGCCGCCCCCCAGCUGACACUGCUGCUUCCUUGUGUAUUCCCUUUCAAAGUUACUCAAUUUCCAGGGGAGUCCCCUGAUAGUCAUUUGCAGCCAAACAACAAAGCAUCUUGUGGCACCUUAAAGGCAAAAUUAAUGAUUUGGCUAAUGACCCAUCCCAAAGCCAUCUAUGGCUGCAAUUCUAACCGUGUCUACUCAGAAGUAAGUCCCUGAGUACUAACUUCUGAAUUUAGUUGGGCUUACCCCAGGUAAGUGAGGCUAGGAUUGCAGCCUCACUGUCUUGAUUUUGCAGUUUAGCAUAAACUUCAUCCUGUCCUGUUUCCCUCACUCAGGCCUUGGGAAGGGCAGUUUAGGGCCCUGCUGAUAUUCUGUUCUUCCUGUCCUGGAUUGUCUCAAUUUGUAGUCACACAUUUUGUAGUCACACGAUACCACUUACCUAAGUCCUUUUUGUUGUGCAUCAUUUUAUUUGACCAGAGCAAAUUUAAUUCAGAAAAUGGUCGUGUGUGUGAAUCUGUUGAAGCAUAAUGCUGAAGCUAUUAUAUGUUUUAAAACAUGUCCAUAGUAUAGAAGGUUUAGUGUUUGGCAGCUUGAAAUCUACAGAUUUUAACUGAGAUGCACAGAUAAAGUCAACAGGUAACAAAAGAGACCACUUCUUUUCAUACAAAAAGAAGAACAAUGGAACAAAAUAAUAAUAAUAAAAGCAUUGGGUGUUUUUUUAAUUCGCAUUAGGAAGUGAUUAGGAAGGCUACAGUCAUAAUAAUCCCACUAACCUUGUAGUGGGAUCCACUUCCACAUAGGCUUGGCUAGGACUGCAGACAACAACGUAGAUGCGCACUGAAUCAGCAAAGUACUUCAGGAAAAAGAAAACCAAUGAAGCCCCUGGGAGAACAGCAGCAAUUAUGCAUUGAUGAAUAUGUGAACGAUUGCUUUGUAUUUUACAUGUCUAUUUACAUAUGAUGUGUGUGUGUUUGUUUGUUUUUUUAAAUUGUAAGUUGAGUCCGUGUCAUGAUGGGGCUAGAGGAUAGAGGGAAUGAAAUCCACUUGGUAAUCCACUUUCAACAGAUUAUUCCAGCAUCCCUAGCAUGAGCUGAACCAUGUAUAUGGUUUCGUUCUUUCUUCAAAGUACAAAUCCAUUCCCUAAGCCAGGGCUGUACAAUUUGUGGCCCAUCAAGUUGGAUUUAGCUCAUCAGUCAUGUGUGCUGGUCUCUGAGGGGCAUUUUGCUGCCCACCUGGCAACUGGUCCUGAUGUCCACACACCUUUCUAGAGAAGCAAUACUGGCUAUUCCUUAAGGGGUCCCUGUGGCCCUGCUAGUACUGAUAUUGGGACUUAAGGCAUAAUGAUAUGAAACUUUAAGGUAUCCAUGUAAUCGUAAUUGUCUAAUACUUCACAUGCGCUUGAAAUAAUUAUUUGCACACAUAGAAAUGUAAGUGCCAUAGAAGUGUUUCAUGAAUCCUGCUGAGAAAUGCUUUCCUUUGUGUGUUUACUGUUUUUUGCCACAAUGUUUUUUAUUCCUUAAAUUUAUAUAUUUUUAAAAGCACUGAGUGGCAUCCCUCUAUUAUUUCUUUCAGCCAGUAAUAUUAAAAUAGAGGCACAGAGUGAUGAAGAGAAUGGGCGUGCCUGUGAAAUGAAUGGGGAAGAAUGUGCGGAGGAUUUACGAAUGCUUGAUGCCUCUGGAGAGAAAAUGAAUGGCUCACACAAUGGCAGCAAAGCCAUGUCAGGAGUUGGAGGCAUUCGACUCCCUAACGGAAAGCUAAAGUGUGAUGUCUGUGGGAUAAUUUGCAUCGGUCCCAAUGUUCUUAUGGUUCACAAGAGGAGCCACACUGGUAAGGCCUAGAACAGUUCUUUUCCCCCCAUUUAGCCACACCAGUAGGAAGAGAUUUAUUUAUGUGAGUCUGGGGAACAUAUUCUUUCUUGCAUGCUACAUAGAACCUCUUGAGUAUUUAUGGUUUCAUCAAACACAAAUUCUAAUCAAUUUGAAGUCAUUAAAUCAUAAGUCACAAAUGUUCCCUUCCAGUAAUAGAGAGAGAGAUAAAAGAGACAGUUUCUACACAUAAAUUUCCUUGAUGUAUUGGGAACUGUGCAUGUACGCAUUCUCUCUCUCUCUCUCUCUCUCUCUCUCUCUCUCUCACGCACACACACUAGGAUGCUCAUCUGUAUCACAAUGUGCAUUUCAACAACAACAAACAUUUGUUGUGGUCUUCAUUCACACUACAUGGAUGGAGGUGUGCCUUUCUAUUGCUCUCUGGAUGAAACAGGCCACCUUAAACAUAAUCAGGCUUUGUGUGCAAUAAUGCACACACUUGUAUUUAAAAGUUUAAAGGAGCUUGAAACUGACAUUUGAAGUCCUAACUUUUAUAUGUGGGGUGACAAAUAUAGUUAUUCUGCUAACAACUAUUGAAAGUGAUCCUAAUGAUGUUUAUAAAAAUGUCUGUUUUAUAUGUUCUGUUUCCAUCACACUUUUCAGGGAUAUCAGUUCCAAAAUCACCCUAAAAUUAACUGAAACAAAAUACAUUGUUUUGGACAAAAAUUUCAUACCUAAUAAAUGGAUCAAUGACCUCAGUGGUGUAGGACAGGGCACCAAAUUUGCUAUUGGUAUUUUCAUAUCUUCCUUUAGAAAAAAGUGAUUAUCAAUUUUUAUUAUUUUUGUGAGCCCUGUAACAUGAUCAGUGUAUGAUAAAGUUUACAAUAGACUUGAGUUCCCUCCUGAUUUUUAUAAAGGGCUGACAUUAUUAAAAGGUUUUACUGUUAAUUGUACUGUCCUAAAUAAUCUAUGUACGUAUCUCAAUUUAGGCAUAUUGUGUAAAGUGAUGUUCUGAACAAUUAGGUCAUGAUCCAGUUACACCAUGGGCACUGGGCCUGCACUGUGAAUGGAUCAUGCCCAGAUUAAUUUGUUGCCAUUUGGUAAAAAGAGAAUUGAUUCUCUUUUUAUGCAGGCGAGUUCAUACUGUUCUGUUAUGGGUUGUAAAAAUUCUUACUGGUUUUUAUAAGAGCUUCAUGGCGUAAUUCGAAAAACAGAGUAAAAAAGAAGAGAAGAAUCGUUCCUGAGGCACAGUCUAAAAUACUAUGGAUUUUGAAUUUGCUUGGAUUGCGCUCCUUGUUCUUAAGAAAUAAUUUGUGUUAAUAUGUGGAGGGGGCUUGCUUUUCAUAAUUAAGCAGAUAAUGAAGGAGAUAACUUUUCAAAAUAAAUAUAUAUAAAAAGGAAUAUAGAGAAGAUUUUGUAGAUCGAGCAUCAAGAUAAUUUUUUAUCUAAAAUUGGCAGGUUUUCCAUCAUAAAAAUACUUAUAUCAGAAAGCAAACUCACAACAGAAUGUGAAAUAUCAAAAACAAUAGGAUGCUUUGGAAAUAAAUAUUACUUUUGACAAAAUGCAGAAGGAACUAGCAGAACAGUUAAAGCAACUGAGUGAUAAAAUAGCUAAGCAUAAGAACAUAAGAAUCAAUUAUUAAACAAAUUAACUGUAAGUUGAAGAACUGGAGAAUAAAUCCUGAAGAGACAGAAAUGUAAUAUUGACCUUGUUCACAUGUAGUGUUAAGCUAUGGUUUGUUUUAACCAUGGUUUGUUGAACAAACCAGGAGUAGACCCACAGAUGCCAAACAAAUUGCACUUUGUUUUCCCCAAGCAUGCCUUGUCCCCCCCCCCCGUCUUCUCUGCCCACUGGUUUAUCUUGAACACCUUCAUGGUGUGCUAGUGCUCUCUUUCCAUUGGCCAGCUGCACAAACAGGGCAGGGAGAUCUCCUUGGAGGUUUUCAGCCACAUUUGGCAAUAACUGUGCACAAUUCUCUUCCCCCUUCACAGGAAUAGCCAAUGUUUCCUCAAUACAAUACAAUCCUUUACCCUUUUCUUUCAUCCUCAUGGAGUGAAAGCAUUUUUUUCUCUGCAGGACUCAAGGCAGCAAAUCCACCUUUCCUUUGCUCCUUUUUAGCUAAAGUAGAUUGCUGGCCAAAUAUGUGACUUUGUAGAGCAAAAAAGAACAGGAGGAUAGGUUUCCAAUAAACAGUCAUAGAAUCGUAGAGGUGGAAGGGACCCAAUGGUUAUCUAGGUCAACCCCCUGCAAUGCAGGAAUCUCAGCUAAAGCAUCUCUACCACUAGUAGCCAAAGAGCAGGAAGCAACAUAACAGUGUAUUUUCCCCUCACAAACCUCCCUGCCCCAUCCCACAUGGCAAGUUGUUCCAUGCCGUUCCCUAAUAAGCCACCUCACCGAUAGCUAUUGAAGUAAUUUCAAUGCACAGUUAGUGGCUCAUCCUCAGAAUUCGCACUUCUCCUAUGCUGCAAAGUCCAAGAUCUGGGGAUGAGGAUGAGUUUGCGCUCUUGGACUAGGCUGUUUGGAGGGACGUCGGUGCAGCAGGAGAAUUCAGCCUCAGAAGCUGAGGCAGAACCAGCCCUAAGCUCACACCAUAAGGAGAAGUGCCAGACUUCAGGGAAAGAGGAGUCAAGGUCUUCUCAUGAGUAGGGUCCUGCUUGAAUUCCACAGCGGGUGGAAUUCAACUGGAUUCUGGGUGUGGUUCUAGCAACUCUAGCUCAGUGCUAGGCUGGAGGCCUGUCUGCCAUCACUGUGUCCUGAGCCUGGCCUGGAAUCAGACCGCCCCAUGAUUUGUCACUUGCUUGAGCCCAUGCUUGAUCCUCUGCUUGCCUGGCAUCAGAGGCACCAAGCUGUGCUAAAGAUGGGAGGGGGCAAGACGCACGCGUGGCGUUGGGAGCAUCCAAGGGACGGAGCCAAAUGCAGCAGCAGCAGCACGGGUUCAAUGGCUCCUCCUCUCUUGCACUUGGCCUCCUCCUCCUCCUCCUGCCACCAUCACCAGCCCAGGGCUGCUUUGCCCAUCUUUCCCUUACACGACAGGAGGAUAAAAGGUUGUCGGCUCCAUGCUCCACCUCCUCCACCACAUGAGAAGAGACCCCACAGUUGCUGUGCCUCUGCUUUGUUUGUUCUGAACACUGGAAGGGGAGCCUAGCCCCUCUAUGUUGGUGCCUAUGCCUGGCAUUGGCCCUCAGACUGGCUUUGGAUGGUUGUGGUGCUAUCAAGACCUGGGACCCAGCUGGGGGAGGGCAAAUACUUGAAGAGAGGACUCUCUUCAUGGGCUUUGAAAUUUUGAGGUCACUGCAUCAGCCAAGUGGCUUUCAAUGUCAUUUGGAAAAUGUGGAGAUCUAUGGACAAGACUCCAAGUUAAGGAAAGGAAAACAUCUGAAGACAUAUAUGAUAUUUAUUAAGGAUUUGUGGACUGACACUUCUCAUACAAGCUGCUCAUACAAAAAACUUAGUACCAGUGAGUGGUGAAAAGGCAAAAAUGCUUGGACACAUCUAUCUGAUUUGUUUUGGCUUUAUUAUUUCUAGAAACAGAAACGUAAACUGGGGAGAGGUUCUUCCAGCAUUCUUGUGGCUCUGGGCGUGCCUUACCUUCCUGAUCUCUACAGUUUCUCCUCUUGCACCUGGAACUCUGUGUGAGAAAAGACAUUGCUAGUCCUAUUUAUAAGGUUUUCUGUUUAUUAUGCUAAGAUACCCCACAGUUGCCGUGCCUCUAAAAUUUGAAGAAGAAAGAGCAGAAAGGAAAAGCUAACAUUUUCCAAAUGACAGCAAUUCACUUCAUGUUGCUUGUAACUGAUUUGGAGCCUUCUGAAAUAAACAAUUUUUAUAGUCUGAUGUCCAAAAAACGUGACUUUUGAAUCACAGCUCUGACUUCACCCAUUGGCUAAAAACACUUAAUGGUGGGAGCAACCAGGCUGGGUCAUCUCACAGAAAUGUUUAGGUUGCUGGCAUAUUUUGCUUUAUAACAUUCAUUUAUAGAGGACUGGAGACUUAAAAAUAAAUAAAUAAAUAAAUAAAUAAAUAAAUAAAAUGAAAGCACUGAAUAUGUUCAGGUUGCUGACAUGGGCCCUAGUGCAAUUGCUCCAAUUACACCAUUAUAAUAUGACAACGGGGAGGUAACAGCAAGCAGACAUAACUCCUCCCUCAGCUUUUGUGCAGCCCUGUUAAAACCAGAAGUAAAAAGGGGUGCUCUAUUAUUGACAUGUAGUAUGUGCCUGAUGAACACGUGAGGCUUGCAAAACCCAUUAAUUUGAGUAAAUCCUGUAUAUUGCAUUCCCUUAAAUAAAUAUUUGAUAAAUGAAUACAACUCUUGCAUGGCAAGUGCCAAAUGUGAUGAAUGAGUGACCCUGGUUAAAAGGCAUAAUUACAUUUAAUAGACACACCUGCCAAGUGAAGAUAUGCAAAAUAAGUACCUGAUAUUUUUCAUUAAAAGUGAGGUCUUAAAUGUAAGUGGACUGAUCUUAUACUCCCCCUGCUUUGCUAUUUGUAGCACAGAAUACAAACCAUAGCACAAUGCAGUCAGGGUCUUCCACCAGAGUUCCCAUACAUUGUAGGUAUCCUAUUGUUCGUUAAAGUGGUCGUCUCAGAUCUGUUCUAGGCUAGCCACUGUGCAGUCAGGAUUGUGCUGAAUAUUUAUUUAACAAAAUGCACUUGGUGGUAAGAAAACCUCUAAGCAAUUGACGGUGAAUCCUGCUCUGCUUAGCUGAAUGGCAGGCCACAUAAGCUCUUCGUAAAUGACUUCCCACCACUUAACAUGUCAAAUAGUGGCCUGACCAUUUCUAAGCUGCAGGGCAUGUACUUGAAAUUGCCCUCGCAUUAAGAUUUUACGAUAAUACGUAUGUUUGUUAUGUUUGUUUAUUUAUUGAAAUGCUGAAUAGGGUCACCAGGCUACUAUCGGGAUGUGUUGUGUUUCCCUUUGAAAACUGAUGCUGUGAUUGUUUCAUUCUUGUUCACGCUUAGGGAACUAUAUGAAUAAGUGCCAUCAGGGGUGGGGAAUCUACAAUAUAUUGUUGUUGUUGUUGUUGUUAAUAUACCGACCUAUACGCAGAGGUCUCAGGGUGGAUGUUGGCCACUGGUGGGCCCAGUUUGACUUUCAUCUGAAUAUUAUGAGCUCUGCUCCCCUCUCUAUUUUGCUCCUCCCUGUAAAAUACUGAAAUGGCUCCUGAGUGGAGCACACAAUUGGGGUGACUAUUCAGCCCAGUUGCCGGUGAAGCAGAAGCUGGGAGAACUGUAAGCAGACCUCCCUCUUCCCUUCUUCCUGAGGCUCCUCAGCCUGCUUCCUUGUAUCCUCAUUCUCAUAAAGUUAGCUAGCCAUUUGAACAUAUGUAUGAGAUUUACUUGCAUUAUUGUUUAAUUAAUUUUCUAUGCAGCCCUUGCACCCAAAGGAGCCCAGGGCAACAAACAAUUAUGCAGCACAACAAUACAAAUGAAGAAAUGAAUGAAUAAAACAUUUACAAAUAUUAAGAGCAGCUAAAAAAAUUAUUUAGCUUCCCAUUCUAAUAUGGUAGGAAUAGGUGCCAGUCAUAUGGGCGGGGUACAACAGCAACAAUAAUAAUUACUAUUACUAUUAUUACAGAAUUUUGUAUCGCAUCAUUUUGCAGCUGUGAUAAUAUACGAGAUCAUUUCACAAUGACACAUUGAUAAUUUUUUUGUAUAAGCUGACAUGAACAGCAGAUAGUCCAAUUCUAAUUUUAUCAGAUUGAUAAUUCAUAUUACAUCUCCUAUCAGUUUCUAAUAAUGAUAAUAAUAAUAAUAAAUUUUUAUUUAUACCCCUAGUAUAACAUAGCAAAUUUGCAUGUUCUCUGCAUAUCAAAAUAGCUUCAACAUUCAUCUGACAUUUCCAAUACUUGCUAUCUAAUGCACUAUAUAACUUAUGAAAAUGUUCAGGAGUAAUGUAUCAACUGGACAUUACUGUAAAACAAGUCUCCCAAAUUUAAGCACCUAAUUAAAGGUUAGUACCAGAAUCUUAGCUAUGUUCUCAUGGCAAAUGUUAUCAAUGACACUGUAUCUUUUCCCCAAUUUAGAAUAUAGUUUUAAAAUUGUUCUUUGUAAUAAAGAAUUUGCAAUAUUUUAUACAAUUUAGCCUGACACAUGCAUCUUUUCCAAAGCAUUUCACUUUUGGUAUACUCAUUUUCCUGAAGUAUUAAUGAAACUAAAUAUUUCUAGUCCAAAGUGAUGAGUAUCCACUGGAAGUUCAAAAUAUGACCGGAAGUAAUUGCGAUGAAACAGAUCUUUGUGUCUAUGUUGUUACAGCAGCGUCAAAGUCAUAAAUUUAUGCUAAAAGGUAUUUAGGAAGGCUAAUGCUCUGCAUAUAAGUAUCCCACAACUUUGCUCUAGUUUGCUUCCGAAUUUGAAUGUUUCUAGUCCUUCAAAGAAAAAGGGUCGUUUAACGUUGUCUAGGAACAUAAAUAUUGACGCUAAGCUUCUUAGACGCUAAGCUUCUUCUUAGCCUAUGGAUUUUUAGAGUUGGAGGGGACCCUGAGGAUCAUCUAGUGAGGACGAGGGUGCCAGUCCCUUUCUGUUUGUUUCAAUUUGUGUUUAUGGGAGUGUUGUGGUGGCAUGGGAUGGAUGGGCACUCCUUGCUGAGAGGGAGGAGUUCUGCAGGGAGGGGUUGUGUGACCUCCAACCUAUUCUCUGGUGAGAACGUAAGUUAGGGGCGAACAACCUAGGUGGGAGUGGGUUGCUCUCCUAAGAUGCAGUUACGUGAUGGGUAGGAGUGCUCUCUGACUGGGAGUCUGCCACUGGGGUGUGGGUGGGUGUGUUGGAGGUGUUUGUGCUGCUGUCCAAGGCUUGGAAUGGAAACGGAAUCCCAGCCAGAUGGAAUCCUUGUGGGUCCCCAGGGCCAGGAAAUUAGCCAGUUGUCUGUUCUGGAUGGGGAUGCACUCCGUCUCCAAGAGCAGGUGUGUAGCGUCUGUGAGUGCCUUUUACCAGCUUUGCUAGCUCCCACCAUUCCUGGGCAGGGAUAGCUUGACAACAGCCGUCCUCACAUUGGCAACAUCAAGGCUUGAUUACUGUAAUGUGUUUUAUAUGGGGCUGCCUUUGUAUUGUUCCAGAAGCUACACUUAGUGUAAAAAUCUGCUGCACAGUUGAUCUCUGCAGCAGCAUAUAAACUACAUGAUAUUUAUGUUGAAUGCAUUGCACUGGCUACCAAUUCAAGGUUUUACUUCUGGUGUAUAAAGUUCUAUAUGGCUGUCUACCAGCUUGUCUGAGAAGCUCUCUCUCCUGUGACACCCACACUGUCAACUUAGAUCUGUAGAUGGAGAACUUGAUAGUGUCACAUGACCCUGUCGCAAAACAACGCUGGGGACUCCAGCACAUGCUUUUAGAGUUGUGGUACCAGGUCUCUGGAAUUCUUAGAAACGAAGCUGGUGUCAAACUUCCUUAUGUUUUAGAUGUUUGUUAAAAACUAUUCCCCAAACUAUUCCAAAAUUAGUCUGUUUUAUUGCUAGUUUUUGUUUUAAUGCUGUUUUAUGAUAUGUAUUAUGUUUUACAUUCUAUUUCUGUACACUGCUUAGGUGCUGUCUGAGUGUAGUGUGGUUUUUAAAUUCCUGAAAUAAAGAAAUAAGUGUUGUAAAUGUAACUAGUGUUAAAAUUAAUUAAAACUUUAGUUGACUAAUUAACCAAUAAAAAUGAUUAAUCACAGAGGUAAAAAAUUAAUUGGCCUGUACCGAGAGGUAAGGGUACACUUUUUUGUUUUUUUGGAUUUUUUUUUGUUUUGGUGUGUUACUGUAAUAUGGAAAGAAAAAAUGAUAAUAAAGAUGGUCUUUCCUUCCCAAAAUGCUUGGUAACUUUAGUUUAUUGUCAGUGUUUCCUGGCUUACAUUGGUAUUUUAACAAAUAUUGAGUUCCUGGAAAAAUGUACAUUUAUUGAAAUCUAAUUAAACUAUUUAAAAGGCAAAUGCUUAAUCAAUUUCAAAAUAUUUAGUUGACAAGCCGUGCUUGUGGAACUCAGUGAAGUGACCCAAAGAGCCUACCUUCCUCAAAAGGCAAUCUUGCAAUAAAACAAUCGCAUUUAUAAAUCUUAGUAUCCCCAGUCAAACUGGAUAAUGUGUGCUAAUUUGCCCCAGUUGCACCGGACUACUUUUCUAAAACAGAAGAAACACAAAGACACAUUAGCAGAAAACCUGAGUUGUCAGGAUCCGGCCUCCAAGGAGGGUCAGGACUUCUGAAUGGAAGACACAGCUUCCUUUGCUAUGUCUUAACUUCUCUUUUCUGCCCCCCCCCCCCCCAGUGCUUUUCUCUGUCUCUUUCCUGAUUUGGCUGCUUAGGGACAGCCAGGUAAUGGAGAAGAAAUUGAAAGGGAAAAUACAGGGAAAAUGUAAAUGAAAAGAAGUUAUUAUAACUGUUAUAAUGAAGUGCCUUUCAUUUAAAUAUAAGAAUGUAACGCUGAAAUGAACUUGUGAUCCUGAAAUGCAUUUUUAAUGAGUUUCCUUUUUAUUUUGCUGCUUCAGUGGCAUAUUUUAAAGACCCUUUGAAAAAAGCCACAUUAAAAAACCCCACCAAAUGCCACAACAUGCAAAAUUGGAUAUUGGUUUAUUCCAAAACUGCUGAUCAGGAAGAGUGGCUCUUCAACACAAAAUGUUGCAGUCACUUUAUUUAAAUGAGUUUGAAUUUGCAUUGUGAUGUGCCAUUCUGAUUUAGAAAAAAAAAUUAGAUUUUCAGAUCAAAUUGACCCAGCCAGUGAAGCGUUAAGGAACUGGCAGGUUUAGUCUGAAAGGCUCAUGUUAUAUCAAACCUGCAGCCGGUGGAAGUCAUAGAGCACCAGUUGGAAAACAACUUUCUCACUGAAAUCUUCCUCCUGUAACAAUGUAAGAGUUUUGUUCUCACAUAUUUUUCCCUCUCAUUCUCCCUGUAGGCGAACGCCCCUUCCAUUGUAAUCAGUGCGGGGCAUCCUUUACUCAGAAAGGAAACCUUCUCCGUCACAUAAAGUUACACUCUGGUGAAAAGCCGUUCAAGUGCCACUUGUGUAACUAUGCUUGUCGUCGGAGAGAUGCUCUUACGGGCCACCUGAGGACCCAUUCUGGUAGGUGUCCACGUUAGAAAUUCUGGAAACAAUGUGCUUGCUGCCUGCCCAGGCCAGAGGUCAAGGGGUGCAUCUGCAACUGGUUCAGGAUAAAAUAUCUUUCACUUCAUGUUUUCUCUGCCCUUGCCUUGAAAUCAAAGGCCUGCUGGCAGGCAGAUAUCAGAUAGAUAGAUAGAUAGAUAGAUAGAUAGAUAGAUAGAUAGAUAUCUGUGCUUGUCAGUUUGCCUCCCAUGUGUGCUUGCACAGCUUGACCCAUUAAGCCAAGUGCAGCCCACCACCAUGUAAGCUGGACUACUUGAGGGUCCUUCCAUUCUUGCCGCCUGCUUGGGACUUUAAGAACUGGGAAACUGCCGAGUCCUUGGCAGGCCAUAAUACACAGCUGUGGGCUGUGUUCUGUUUGGUGGAUCACAAAUUGCACAGGUCUGGCAAUUUUAGGGCCAACAGUUCAUGGGAAUUAUGCAUAAGAAUGAAGCAAUCCAAGCACCGGUCAAUGCACUCACAAUGUAAGUAGCACAGGGCAAACAAAAAUAAAUAAAUGCUGAGUUUCAAAGGCAGGUUUAGAAGAAGAAAAACUACCCUUCCUCAUGUGUUGCAUGAAGAACUUGAACUUGACUGAAUGUAAGCACUAAAGUGAAUUCUUCUACUGUUCCUGCUAUGAACAUGAGGCUGUCCAAAUUCACCUUCCCAAAGAAUGUGUUAGGCUCAAGACGAAAGUGGAGGAAAACUGGAAUCUGUGUUUGGAAAUAGCAACGGUGUCCUACAACUUUACUACCCUACUUCACCAACAGUGGGUUUGAGUACUGGCAUUUACAAUAUUUCUGCGACAAAACUACACAAACCUCCCAUCUUCAGUAUAUGGAAAGCAAAAUGACUGCUUCCAAACAAUUUAAAGAAUCAGCUGGGUGCAGCAGGACAUCAAAAAUGCAUUUACCAGUAGAUUUGUACUGAACACAUACUUUGAAUCAGGAUUUGAACAAGUUCUAAUUUGUCAGAUUUAGGUCCCUUCUUAUUAGUGUUCCAACCUUACAGGAAACUUCUACAAGAGAAGGUGGUAAUUAAAGCUUGCAAUCCUAUCUCACUUAUCUGGGACUAAGCCCCAUUGAAUUCAAUAGUACUUACUUCUGGGUAGAAAUAGUUUCCUUGUGACAUUAUGCACCCAGAGUACAAAAUUAGUUGCUUGUUUCUUGUUUCUGAGUGGGUCACUGAUUCUAGAUGUUUGGAUCCGCUUGAUGCAGUUAUUUGACUCUGUUAUUAUCAGGAUUAUUUAAUUUAGCUUCUAUAGUAAAUUCCGUUUUCCCCCUGCAGUUGGCAAGCCCCACAAAUGUGGAUACUGUGGUCGCAGCUACAAACAGCGCAGCUCUUUGGAAGAACAUAAAGAGCGUUGCCACAACUAUUUGCAAACCAUGAGCCUCUCAGGCGGCCUCUACCCGGGUAAGAGUACUUAGCAGAAAGGCAAAACUAAGGCCUCGACUGUAAUCCGUGCCACUGCCGGAGCAUUGCAAGCAGCAAAGCCUCCCUUCAUGAGCCGCCCAAGCAGUCUCUCCCGGGGCACAGGUACAUUAAGGGUCACCAAGGGCAGCAGCGGCACAGAGACAUGCGGCCGGGGGCUUUUCAGUGUUGCAGAGAAUGCUGGGAUACAAUCUUUAUUGUGUGGUGGGGAAGUACUCUUCAGUUCCCACGGGAGCAGGUGGAGAAGCCCCUUUGUCCUCCUCUCUGACCAGCCAUUCAGGCAAGGGAUUCCUGCUCGGCUUUUGCACUCCUCUGCCUUUUAUCACCAGCCCCCCUGGAUGCCCCUAGACCAUCUUUGCCUUCCUUUCUCUUGCUGUGCCUUUUUGUUUGCAUAUCCCAGUGGGAAUACAGGCAUUCCCCUUCCAUGAGCCCACCAGCAGGGAUGUCAGCAGGAAUUCCUGAGCCGCAGACACUGUACGACGUGGAUUGGGGCCCCAGCAGUUGGUUGGCAAGAGCCAGGGCCUGCUUCACUUCUCUGGGGGCCCUUGGUCACAGGGUAUCCACAUCACAGGUCUCACAUGUAGAGAAAUACAGCUUUCAUAUACGUGAUCCAUGUGAACAGACAGAGCACUGUACUUCAGCAUGGAAACCCCCAUAAAAAGUUCAGUUGAUACAAGGAACCAUCUUGGGUAUGUAGUGCAGAAUAAACACACCACACUUAUGAAGAUGCAGUGCUAUUAACAAGGAGUUUGGGAUGAAAGGUUGCCAAGGGGUCUUUCUGAGGAUGGAGUGGUAUUGUAAGGCAGUGCAACCGACCUGCCCCACAGACCUGCUUGUAAGGAAAAAAUGAGCAGGGGGAGAACCUGGACCUCUUUGCAGGAAAUCAUAGAAUCACAGGAUUGAAGAGCUGGAAGGGAUCCUAAGGGUCAACUACUAGUCUCCCUGCAAUGCAGGAAUUGCAAGUAAAGCAUCCAUCCAGCAUCUGUGUGACAGCCCUUGAGAUAUCUCCUCUCAGUCUCCUCUUUUCCAGGCUGAACAUUCCCAACUCCCUCAACCUUUCCUCAUCCGGCUUGGUUUCCAGCCCCUGGAUCAUCUUUGUCGCCCUCCUCUGCACACCUUCCAGCUUGUCUCCUGUGCAGAACUCAGGGGAAACCAGCCCCAUAAUCUGCCUGCUUGCUAGGGGUAUAUUUCCUGUCUCUGCUAAAUUAUGGAUUUCAGGGAUAGGCAUAUAGAUGUGUUAGAUGCUCAAGAUUCAUUGUGAGUUUUCCACAGAGUUUUGAGGAGGAAUAGUUUAGGUUUCAGCCUUACAUAAUGACAUUGUUCUGUUCCUACUCUUCCCCCCUCUCCCUGCUCUAUUUACAGUCCUGCUACUGUUACUGGAUGCCAUUGGAUGUUUGGGGAAACAAAACAAAAUAUCAUCGCCUGCUAAAAAACAACAACCCUGUUUAGACAAGCCUCACCUUUCUCAGCAUCUGGGCAGGCUUGCCUAAACAGGGUUGUUUUUAGCAGGCGUCAAAAAGAGUGCAGUAAAAGACCUGCUUGAUCUCAAUAGGCAGGGAGUUCCCAAGUGCAGGUGCUGCCACUCUGAAUGAUCAAAUUCUUACCAAGGCAGAAUGGGCAUUACGUGGCACCUUUAGCUGAUCAAACUGCGCAAGAGGGCACACGCAGAGUAAGGCCAUCUCACAGGUAAAACGCUCCCAAGGUGUUAAGGGCUUUAUAUACUUAAUACACUAAUAGCAUACAAUGGCUUUAUAUACUAAUAGUAACAUCUUGACCUUGCCCUGUAGCAAAUGGGCAACCAGGGCCGCUCUCUGAGCACAGGUGUUCUAUGCUGACAAGGCCUUAGCCCUGUCAGCAAUGGUGCUGCAGCCUUGGGAAGGAUGUCCCUGCAAGGAGGGGAGAUCCACAGCAGGACAUGCGCUGCAAGGAGGGAGAGGAGUACAAUUCUCGCCUUCACUCUCCAUUCCCAUGCUUCUUGCAAAGCUUGUAAAAAUCAUUUUCUUUCAAAAAAAAAGUACUAUGUUUAGACUUAUUUAUUAAUAUAAAAUAAGCAACAUUGGCAAUAAUUGUUAUAGAAAGGUUCACAUUCUAAACAUUCAAGUUAACGCAAAAUGUUUGUGCAUUAUGAAACCUCAGCUCUGAGGGAGAGGCUGGAUUGCAGUGAUCUCUGUGCUCCUCCAUGGGGAAAGGGUCUACAUUGUUCCCCCUUCUGUAUAAGAAAUGAAAAACAUGAUAUUAAUAUAUGAUGAAUAGAUUGUGAGAGAUGAGAUUAAAGAAAGCUUCUGUGCUCUGUAAUAUAUGAGACUGUGACUCAGAAGCUCAGAGAACCCUUAGUCCCUUUAAAAUGUAUUUGCUUACGUAUUUAUAAAGCUAACAGUACUACAAGCACGACAACCUUAAAUGCUCCCAUACACAUAGGAAGUCUUGUAAUGGAGAGACAGGGAGACAUGAUAAGAAACAGAGCAAUUAAUGUUAAUGGCUACCAUCACUGCCUCAACAAAACAGAAUUCAGUGGAAUACACAUUUGAGAAGGAUAACUCCAAAACAAAAUAAUUGUCAGAAACCAGAGUCAGGUGUAGGUCAGCAAUAAAAAACACUGGGGUCCGUGAAGUUAAUUAUUCAAAGAAACUAAAACAGAGCAUGCCUAGUGGUCACAGCAACCCUUCCCAGUAGGUCUUGUUUCAAUGACGGCCCUUCCUAACACUCCUCCCUCACAGCAGGAGGGGGAGACACCCUGGAUUCUUCAGCAGCCUGCCUCCUCUUGGCCUCUUAACCCCCUUCUGCUUCUGCCUAUUGGUCUGAACUGCUCUCUGCCCCAGGUUCUGCCCACUCACUAAGCCCUGUUUCCUCUUCAGCUUCCGACACCUCCUCCUCCCAAUCUGCUCCCUCUUCUCCCUCAGACCUCUCAUUGUCGUCCCACCACCAACCCCCGGAGCCUUCUUCCCCAGGGGGUUGCCUUAGGGGUUCCCUGGAUGGGGCCUCCCAACACUCCUCUGCAUCCAACCAGCCUGUGACAGUAUCCAAAACAUCAUUAAAUAUUUCCUGGGUUCGAAAAUACUGUCAUUAAGAGUGUGUGUGUGUGUGUGUGUGUGUGUGUGUAAAAUUGAAGAUCACUAGUGCUCACCACAUAGGCAGCCAGCUGCAGAGCUCACAUUUGACUAUUGCAAAGUUCUCCGCCAUCCCUUGUCAUAUCACAACCACCAACUGCAGGUGGUGAAAAACGACAGCCUUGCUUGACUAAUCUCUGGGUUCACAGAGUAGCUUAAAAUAAAGUAUCUUUCUUACUAAUAAACUUUUGCUGCUUUGAAGAGGAUGAGCCUUAAAUUUCAGGAAGCUUUUAUAAGAGUGCCAUACAAGCUAAAGUCAAACACGAGGCCUCACUCCAAGUCAGCUUGUAAAACCCACUGAAAGCUAGUUUCAGUUUUAAAAGAAAACAUCUCAGGAAGUUAAUCUUCACUGGAAUCGAUCCUGACAAAAAUCUCCACUCCCAGGGGACUAAACAAACUCAAAUCCAUCCCUCUUUAACAUUCUUACUCUUUAGAAUUGGUUGAGCUCAGGAGUUCAGCCCCACUUCGUUACAGAGCCAUAGAAUUGGAAGGUAGUCCAAAGGAAUCACAGCUAAAGAAUCCCUGACAGAUGGCCACCCAACCUCAGCUUAAAAGCCUCCAGCGAAGGAGAGCCUGCCACCUCCUGAGGAAUCUGUCCCAACAGCUCUCACUGCCAGAAAGCUCUUCCUGAUGUUUAGUCAGAAUCUCCUUCCUUGUCAUUUGAAGCCAUUGACUCAGGUUGUCCCCUCUGGAGCAGCAGAAGACUAGCAUGCACCAUCUUGCAUGUGACAGCCCUUUGGAUAUUUGAGGGUGGUCAUAAUAUCACCUCAGUCUUUGCUUCUCCAGACUAAACAUACCCAACUCUUCAGCAACAGGGUGAGCAAGUCAGGGCACCCCCCCCCUUUGUGACCUAACAGAUCCCAGCUUCCAAAGUUAACUAACUAAAGAACCAACAAAAACAGACAUGAAAGUAGUAAUUCAGCAGGGGCGUGGGGCCAUCCAGUCUAUUUCACAGAACGGCACAUGUGUGAUUGCCUGCUCUGCUGGAAUCAUGGGUUGCUGGGUAGAAGGAGCUCCCAGCCCUCAGGGAAUUAUUUCAACCCCAUUAGUCCAUGGUAGCUGGCCAGGAAAAGCUGAGAGACAGAGGAAGCCUUCACAGGUGUGGCAGCUGGAUCCCAUUCUGAGGGUGAGAGUUGGAAGGGACCCCAAGGCUCAUCUAGUGCAGCCCAUGCAAUGCAGGAGUCUCAGCUAAAGCAUCCAUGACAGUUGCUUUAUAAUAAUAAUAAUAAUAAUAAUAAUGACAGUUGCUUUAAAAGAGCAGUUAUCCUCUCACACUGGGGAUGCUCCAUGGAAUGAGGGGCUCCUGGUAGGAGGGGAUUCAUAGGGGUGGGCAACCUGUGCAUUUUGGUUUCUCAUUUUUCCUAUCUUCAGUUCAGCUCUCCAUAGUUCCACAUCAGUUUGCAAUUAUUAUUUCUUGAAAUUUCUCACAACAGAAAAUUUUUUAAUGUAGUUUUCCCUAGUAUUUCCCCAAUACAUUUUUUUAAAAAAUGUUUUCACCAAUAUAUGUAUUUUAUGCAUAACUUACGGUACCUAGCAUUUUUGUGCACCUUGGCUGGAAAACAACACUGUAAAAUUAUUAGAAGUGCAAAUUCUGUAGGAUGGCUCUGUUUUGGUUUGUGUAUUGAUUUGAAAAAUGCAGAUCAGGUAGCUUUGUCUUUCAUGAGAGCUGAAUUGAAUUUCCGACCCAAACCUAGUUGUUCCAUCAUUAGGGGUUUGUGGAGAUUUCCUGCCUAGUGCAAAGGUUUCAGGUGUCAUGUGGAGAGCCUGAUAAGACUGUGCUAGGGAGUAGUUAUGCUGCCUCUUGACGUCAGUGUGAUGGGAAGGAAAUGUAUUCAUCCAGUCCUGAAAGCAAAAUGUGGUUUGUUAGGUAAGCGUUUGGCAUCCAGGACCUUCAGGGUAGCCUUCUCUGAAAUAUAACUUUUUCCAUGCACAGAACACAGCUCUGUGAUCUCAAUACACGGAUCAGAUGGUAGUGUCAGAAGGAGGGCUUUGGGUUUGUUAGGCACUGGGGAACAUCUGGGGACAAGCCAGGCCUGUAUAAGAAUUAUGGGCUCCACUUGAAGGGGGGGUUGCAAAGAAGGUGGUCAAGGAAUUGUCUGCAUCUGUCUUCACCGCAGAAGAUGCAGGGCAGACCCCUGUGCCUGAAUUAACUUCCUUGUGAAGAGGUCCCAAGGAAGAGACAAAUAGUGGAGGAAAACGAAGUUCUCUGCCUUGUUGACAAGUUUAAACCUAGCAAAUCAGAGACUGAAUGACACCCAUGCAAGAGUUCUGAAAGGACUCAGAUGUCAAAUUGCUCAUCUAACAAAAGUACCACGUCACUUGUCCCUAAGAUCAGCCUAUCUGAGGAGUGGGAAAUGGCCAGCGUAGCACCAGUUUGAAAAAGAGGAUCUGGGAAACUACAGGUCAGCUAGUUUAGCAUCUGCUCUGGGAAGACUAGUUGUUUCUUUAGCAUUGAUAAAGAUACAACUGCCAAACAUAUAGAAGAGCAGACCUUGCUGAAACAGAACCAGCAUGGCUUCUGCAAGGGUAAAUUAUUGCCUUUUGGGGGGUUUGGGGAGUGAGAGUCCACAAGAAUAUAGAUAGAGAUGAUUCAGUUUGCAUUGUGUGCUCUAGACAGAGCUUUCCAAAGUUCUCAUGUUGGUGACACACUUUUUAGACAUGCAUCAUUUCACGACACAGUAAUUCAAUUUUACUAGCGAACCAGAGGUUAAACUAACCCCUUAUAAGAGUGUUCGCAUGGCACACCUGCACACUGUUUUUCUAACAUGUCACAACACACAUUUUGGAAAGCUCUGACUUAAGAGUUAGUGGCAAUUGUUAGAAAGGUUAAUUCCAUGUUAGGAAUCAUUGGAAACAGACUGGAAAUAAAACUGCCCAUAUCAUAAUGCCAUUAUACAAAGCUAUGGUGAAAAACUGUUACUGGUUUUGGAAUUUAAAAAUGGUUUCGCAGUGCUAAAACAAUUCAUUCAGACUAUGCCAUCUGAUUUGAGAAUCUAGCCUUGGAUAUCCCAGACUGCUUCUUUUUGGGCACCUUCUCCCCCAUGCCUCAGCAAAGCUGGAACUUUCCAUGCCUGUGUGUUUAGGAUAUCUUGUUUCUUUUAAUUUUUGCAGUCAUGAAAGAGGAAACCAGCCAUAGAGAAAUGGCUGAAGACCUGUGCAAGAUGGGAUCAGAGCGAUCCCUUAUGUUGGACAGACUAGCAAGUAACGUCGCCAAACGUAAGAGUUCUAUGCCUCAGAAAUUUGUUGGUAAGAGUUAAAUGUUUGCUGCCUCCUUUACAUGGUUGGAUUUUUCAAUUUUGUUUUUCUUUAUUGCAACAGGAAGAGCAAAGUAAUUAAUUAAGAGAUUCAGUUCCAAGCUACUCCUAGCUCCAGUCAGUAAUUUGUGAAAAUUUUGGAUCAGUCAUUUAAGCAGCACUUUCAAUCUCGGAAACAUUUGCAGUGUUUUGUUUGUCGCAACAUGAUAAAGCACAUAUAAGAUUUCAGAUAUAUAUCUGAAAAGACAGAAACAAUUCCUCCUACCACAUCUUUAUUUUUUUUUAAGCCCAUUUUUGUCUUUUGAAAGUUUCCAGUGGCUUACCUGGGGCUUCCAGUGGUUUCUUGUCCAGGAAGUGAUCAGGGCUACUACACCUGUUUAGUUUCAACAACCGCACAGAAUCAUGUGCUCUAAGAUCAUUCACUAGACUGCCGAGUGCCCUAGAUUUUACCCAUUUCUGCUUCUCCUUCUCUAGGGCAGUUUACUGGUCUAUUGCUUCUCCUACAUUAUCACAUUCUCUGGUGUGUGUGUGUGUGUGUGUGUACACAAACUGAGAGAGAGACAUACAUAUUAAGUUCACUAACGCAAUUGUGUUUACUUUCAAAACAUCUAUUGGGAACAGAAUUGCCAGGUCCUCUAUGGAGAAGGUGGGUUAUUGCACGUGGUGCACAAGAGAGGUGGGAUAAAUCAUCUUCUCCUGCCUAGUUUUCACUAAAAUUAUUAUAUCCCACUUUCCAUCAGUGCAUUCAGAGUAACUUAACAAAGCAUGAAACACAAUACAACAAUACAUAAAAUUCCAUCAAUACAAAUUGAAGCAUUCAAAAUAAAUCCAGAUGCACAGCACAAAUCAUAAAACCACACAAAAAUCAGAGUUGUAGAGCAUGAUUUCUUACUCCAAGCAUUUUCACAUAAGGGAGAAAACCUUCCUUUGGAGGAGAAUGAAGUGGCCAGAUAAACCUCCCUAUUUUACUUUUAUUUCUUUACCAAAUUUGUAGACUCCCCUUCAUCACAUCAUAACGAUCCCACAGCUGUAAGAUAUAAAGAUAUAAAGCAAGAAUUAAGAAACCAAUCAAUAAAAUACAGCAUCAUAAGAAAAUAUAAAGCUUAGUAAGCAGCUAUCACCAAUUUACUCCAAAUGCCCAUGAGCGUUCCAGGCGUGGGGCAUCACUGCUAAAACAGCUCUAGCCUUUGCUGCUCCCCAGUGGGCUUCUGCAGUUGUGCUUCUCCUGCAGUGCCUCCUGGGUGAUCUUAACGCAUGGCUGAUUGAAUAAUGUCCUAAUAGACUUUCCUAAUGAGGACGCGGGUGGCGCUGUGGGUUAAACCACAGAGCCUAGGACUUGCUGAUCAGAAGGUCGGCAGUUCAAAUCCCCGCAAUGAUGGAGUGAGUUCCCAUUGCUCGGUCCCUGCUCCUGCCAACCUAGCAGUUCGAAAGCAAGCCAAAAAGUGCAAGAAGAUAAAUAGGUACCGCUCUGGCGGGAAGGUAAACGGUGUUUCUGUGCGCUGCUCUGGUUCGCCAGAAGCGGCUUAGUCAUGCUGGCCACAUGACCCGGAGGCUGCAUGCCAGCUCCCUCGGCCAAUAAAGCAAGAUGAGCGCACAACCCCAGAGUAGGUCACGACUGGACCUAACAGUCAGGGGUCCCUUUACCUUUUAAUGGCAGAUGCAGAAAUGUCCCUGACAUAUUUUUUCCUUGCUUUCCCCCAGAAUUGAUUGGCAGGGAAGAGGGAGGCUCCAUAGUCAAAGUACACGUCUAUCCCAUGAACGAACUAAGGAGAUUUGACGAGAACAUUUUUUGUGAAGGUGGUGUCCCGCUUUGGGAUGAGGGCAGACUCUCACUUCCUUACCCUCGUGAUAAGAAGAGCUGCCAGAUUAGAAGAACAGCAUUUCCUGUCAGUUAUUCAGAGUGUGGUGAAAGAAGAUACCAUAAUGACAGUACAAAUUUAGAGAGGCACAGGCUCAGCUUCAGAAAGUAGGGCUCAUGUCAGCAUAGCACCAAGGGAGCCCAAAUUCCGCCCCCCCGCCCAGCCUCAGCUUUGCUUUCUUCACAAAGUGGAAUCUAACUUGCCCUUUGGAUGAUUUUAUUUCUUUGUUCUCUUUUGCAUGAUCUUUAUGUGUCAUCGCAGUUCAGUGUAAUCGGUGCUUAAUUUUUAGAAAAGGGGAUGCAUAGAUUCAAGUCUGAAAUCUCACCCCCUAAAUUUAACCCUUUCCUCCAUGCCAUUGUCCCAGGAUAAAUGAUCUCUCCCUCUUCUCCCCCCCCCCCCCCGCUGUGCCAUUUGUGCCAUAGAGGUAAAUAUGCAGACACAUCCAGACACAUGCCUGCUCCUUCUAAGGAAAAGCAGUUUGGGGAGAGGGUGGCUUUCAGCAGUGGAAGCGGAAGGGCAUUUAGACUUUCCCCUUGCCAUCACCUCUCUUCUCCCUCCAGCUGGCUUUCCUUACCAGAUGUUUUUGCCUCCACAAAUGUGCAUCUGGAACCUCUCUGAGAGGAAGUGGGGAGUUGCAGCAGAAAAGUGGUGGAGGAGAGAACGUUCCCUGCAUGCGUCUUGCACAAUGAAAACCGCCCUUUCCCAAAGGAGUCUGCAUGCAACUUGUAGCUUGGCCCUCAUAUGGAGUCCCUGCUACCUGGCCUGAUCCCCUGGCCCUGCUGAGCACGCGUUGUGUGGGCAAGGGAGAUCUCAGGCUGAGUGCAGGACAGUUACAGGGGUCUUCUUUUCUUUUCUGCUUCAGUCCCGCCCAGUCAUGGCCUUCAUUCUGUGCCAGCAAAGACUGGGCAGCCUGCUAAUUUCUAUGGGGAGGAGAAAUGGUGAAACAUUUCUCAUCCCACCUGCACUUCUCUGUGUGCAGGAUCACCAGUGGGCUGUGUUUACAAAGGGGCAGCUGCUGCCGGGGGGGGGGGGGUCUUGCCAAGCCCAGCUGAUGACCCACAAAGUUCACCCUUCCUGAUAGGAAACACUAACAAGUAAAAGGAAUUCCAAAAACAGAAGGAAGAUUUGACAUAGAAUUACCAAGAUCCUUUUGAAAUGUGUAUCUGUGCUGAUCAGGAAUGUAAAGAGGCAGCAAUUUCCAUCCCUUCCUGGGUUCAUCAUGGGUCCCUCACAAUCAGGGCUGUUUCUAUUCUGCUACGGUUCAACUUCCACUAAAGCUUACAUUAUUUGUCUCACUAUCUGCAAUGGCUGAAACAUAAGUAAUUAAUGACGUAAUAAAUUUAGUGUAAUGGAAACAUCAAAAACAAUGCAGAAAGUAAUGUAAUGUAAAUGCAGAAAUAAAGAAAUGUGUAGCCUUAAACAACAAUAGUGACUUAUCACUCAUAUUCGAUUGCAUGAUUUCUGUUCAUGGCCUCCGACAAACAGGCAGAUUGCGGGAAUUUCCAGUCGUGUUUCCAUUUUUGAUGGAAGUCUCCAGCAUCCUUAGUAGGGAUUACAUAAGCAAAAUGAAUUGCAAGCCUGAAAUGAAAUAGUAUCAUUCUUUUUUUUUAAGAAAAAAGAUUCAAUUUUUUAAAUCUAGAUUUUGAGAUCAGUCACUGGAGUCCAUCUCAUGUAUCAGUUUCUGCAAUUAAUUUCAAAUGCCAGUCUAAAGAACUGGAUAUAGCCCAAAAAGUUGUUAUUGAAUAUCUGAUGUAGGGGAUUCUGAAUCUGGAAUUAAAAAAAAAUUGCUACUUAAAUGAUAAAAAUGGCGACUUAGUUCAUUUAAGACACCAGUUUCAUGCCAUUAGAUCUAGGAAUAAUCAGUAUAGCAUUUAUCUUUAAAUAUCUAGACUACUUUUUUGACCAACAGUGAUCUUCCAACAAUGGCUUCCAAUCAUGAAACAGGAUAAAUACAGUUAAAAGCAUAUGGCAAUUACAUUGUUGAAGUGCAUACCACAUACCAAUUUCCAUUACAAAAUAUUUACAUCUCUACAUAUUUUCUCAUAAUAGCAAAAAGAUAGCAGCAGGGCCUGAAAGCUGUGAUAUCUCUCUGUGUUGAUUUGUCUUGUGUUCUGCAAUGCCACGCUCAGGUCUGAUUAAUGGAGAUGUUUCAAAGGCAUUUCAAUCCCAAGCCUAAUUUAUGACUAUUUUGGAUUGCAGGUGAAAAAUGUGCAUCUGAUGUUCCUUAUGAUGCAACCACCAAUUUUGAGAAGGAGAAUGAUAUGAUGCAGACCCAUGUCAUAGACCAGGCCAUUAACAAUGCCAUCAGCUACCUGGGGGCAGAGUCCUUGCGCCCGCUGGUGCAGACCCCCCCAGGAGGCUCCGAAGUAGUGCCUGUCAUCAGCCCCAUGUAUCAGCUUCAUAAGUCCCUUGGGGAGACCAACCUGGCCCGAUCCAAUCACGCCGCUCAGGACAGCGCGGUGGAAAACUUGCUACUACUUUCUAAAGCCAAAUCCAUUUCUUCAGAAAGGGACCCUUCACCCAUCAACAGUCAAGACUCCACUGAUACGGAAAGCAAUAACGAAGAACGCAGCGGCUUAAUUUACCUAACAAAUCACAUAGCACCCCAUGCACGGAACGGUCUCUCGAUAAAGGAAGAACACCGGCCAUAUGACCUCCUAAGGGCAAACAGUGACAGCUCCCAAGAUGCCUUCAAAGUAAUAAAUGGCAAUGGAGAGCAAGUGAAAGUUUACAGAUGUGAACAUUGUCGGGUCCUGUUCUUGGAUCAUGUAAUGUACACCAUCCAUAUGGGCUGCCAUGGCUUCCGCAAUCCGUUUGAGUGUAACAUGUGUGGCUACCACAGCCAGGACAGGUACGAGUUCUCCUCCCACAUCACCCGAGGAGAACACCGCUACCACAUGAGUUAAAACUACUUGUAUAGAAAUUGUCUGGAGCUCUGUGAAAAGCAGAAGGUCAGGUCCCUGGAAAUGAACUCUUCUCAUAGCAUGCAUGCACAAUUCAGUUUUCUACUCUUAAUAUUGAUGUUUUUAUUGCAAAUAUAAGUCACCCAAAUAUAGUAAAGUAGGAGUUUUUGUAGUUAGGUAGAAGAAACCCAUUCUUGCUAGCAACCCCUCCCCCGCUCUUUUCUUUCAUCCAAGGCCUUUAUUUGGGUAUGAGUGUGCACAGUUUUGGUUGGAAACUAGAAAAACAAAAUUAAUGUUAUCUUUUUCUGUGGUGACACUCUGAAAAUACACUUCUUACACCAUACAUAAAUUACGAUUUCCUAUAAUGAUUUGGUACAUUCACUAACCAACAGCAAUAAUCCACAUUUAGAGUAGGUUUAAAAAGCUCUUAAGUUUUUUGGGUGGUCCCAGCCGUAUUGAAUCACCUCUCGAGCAGAAUUCGUUUGAGCCAUGAUCUCCAAAAGCUGAACAGCACAGGUGUCAUCGUUGUAGAUUAUUCAGAAUGUGCUUAGUUUUGGAACGGAGCAAGUCCAGAAGAAUCAAGGCAGCAUUGCCUCGAACAACAUGGGUGGAGAGCAUGGCUGCUGCUGUGCUUGUUAGGAGUGCUAUUUUGUGGGUUAUUCUAAACAGUCUCAGAAAAAUCUGAGUUGCAGCCUUUGCAUCAUUUAACUUAUGGGAAAAGGUCAUUUGUGUAGGCUCACAGGGUUGUAUGUAGGACCCUGUCCUCUAUCACAAACUACUUGCUGAGAUUAUAAAACGAUUUCUAAUGCUGUGAAUGUGAGUGAGGGGGAGCAGUUUCCCUAUUUUUAAGGUGUGGGGGGGGAAUCACCACACCUGUGCAAUCUACUGUGGAUAUAGAAAGGGAUCAUUGGGCUAGGGCCAUUUUGCAGGAGUCAGUCUUUGAACUGCAACUUCCACAUGACAAAUACUGCUGUUGUCAGGUUUAGGCUUAGAAAUGAUGGAGUAAAUGAGGUGGUAAGUUAAAAGACAAAAGUUGUAUAUGUAAAAACAACUGUGCAAGGCUGUUUCAAACACAUUAAAUGUCUUUGUGUAACACACACUUUCCAACAGAGGUUGCACAGGUUCUGUUGGUGAAUUUAGCACAUAAUUAAUUAACUUCUUGUCUGCCUUGGCAAGACACUUUUAAAUCAUAAGCUGAAUCUUCUUUUUAAUGAAGCUUCUAUUAAAAAUGAAAGUGCAUGGGGUUUUUUUUGGUCUUAUUAAUUAUGGCGGGGGUAGUGUUUUAAAUCCCACAGUUAAACUACAUCUGCAGAACCCACACUUUGCCUACUUUACACUGGAAAGUGUCUUUUUUCAUUGCCUGUGUCUUUCAGCGCUGCCCCACGUUUGCACACAUGACGCAGCAACAAACCCAGAUUUGCUGGUCAAGAGGGAGCUGUUUUACACACACAUGGUAUUUUAACAUGCAACCUUUCUUUAAGAAUGCACUGAAAAAAGGUGAUGUGUGAAGAAACCUCAGAGGGGAUGCUGCACAACGGCACAAGGCCAUCACUGAUCCACCCCAUUCCUUCAUUCCCAGCUGGGACUAGAAACCUAUUUUAGAGCAGCGCUCGAUGUCACCUUUAUAACUGAGGAGAAUAAGACCUUUAUAGUUACAAUUUCUGGCCUGUCAAAAUGGUUCGGUCUGUUGCAAAAAAUUAUCAGUCUUAUUCAGCCAUUUUGUUAUCAGCACAGGCAGUUUUGUGCGCUGUACACACUGCUCUCCCCUAUCUGCAAGGAUUACUCCAUUCAUUUCAAUGGAGGAAACAGAUCCAUGUCCAAAUUCCUUUGGCUGUGCAGCUGAGUCCCUGCCACUGAACUCAAUGGGCACAAGUUUGGUGCAGUGCAGUGCUGCUCUAUAUAUGAGAAUUUGUGCUGCUCCAUGCCGUUUUUAACAUUCAUGCAUACCAAGAAAGUUCUGUGUUCAUAUGUAUCAUAGCUGUACUUAAACAGAUAUUAAUUAAUACAUUAUCAGUGCCGGCGUGUUUCUGGUUCUAGGUUUUUCUAUUUAUGUUGCAACCAGUGCUUUCUUUUCAGGGGGUGCUUGAGUACGCAGUACCGACAUCUCUUUUGUUUGGGGGGGGUGUUGUUAAAAAGUGUGGCACUUACUGUAAGAACUUGAUGGGUGAGUACAGUAGUACCUUGGGUUACAUACGCUUCAGGUUACAUACGCUUCAGGUUACAGACUCCGCUAACCCAGAAAUAGUACCUUGGGUUAAGAACUUUGCUUCAGGAUGAGAACAGAAAUCACGUGAUGGCGGCCGGCAGCAGUGGGAGGCCCCAUUAGCUAAAGUGGUGCUUCAGGUUAAGAGCAGUUUCAGGUUAAGAACAGACCUCCGGAACGAAUUAAGUACUUAACCCGAGGUACCACUGUACUGGCACCUAUUUUUCUAGGAAAAAAACACUGAUUGCAACUAAGUACAUAGGUACUGAAAGCAAAUACAGUUUAGUGAGUUAGCAUAUUAGUAAGCUACCCUUUAUCAGAAUUUGUGACCUGCUGUCUGAACUGUCACUUCUGCCUCCUCCAGCCUUACCCCUCCACACACACCAAACCCAUAAUGGUCGUUGUUUUGUUUGAAAAUGAAAAUGUCCUGGUAAUUUCUUUUUUAAAAAUGUAUGGUUUUGAAAAACUGGACUCUGAGAACUUAUUUUAUUCUGGAUUACUUAUACUCUCAGAAAAGUGGGUGGCUUAGUUCACAUUGAUGUUUGUUAUAAUAGAUUGCCUCACAUCUGUAAAUAACAGCAGAUCAAAAAAUGCUUUUCAAAAAUCGCACAAUGUCCCUACUUUGGCGUUGCCUGUUUGUACUUGUACUUAACACAUUUUUUGUUGUGGAUUUAUAUUGUAAUUGCAGUUAUCUUUUCGGAGCAAUGUAUUUAAAACAAAAUGAAGCAAAUUUCAUAAAAAAAUCUGAAUGUUAGUAAAGUUUUGUCUGAAGACACAGACAUUUCCUUUUGUAAACACGGGAUACUUGGAAUAUUUAUUCUAGGAAAGCGAAAGUGUGGCCUCUUGGGGCUGUGGUGGAUCCUUGCAUUUACAGCGUGCUGAGCUAGGCGAGCCCCUGGCCUGAUCCACGCCAGCUGUUCCCAGUGCGCAUUGCAACCUUCAUCCCUGCAGCUUCAACCCACCAGAGGGCACCUCUAUGGAAGGAAGAAACCUACAAUGGCAACCUCCCCUCGUCAGGGAGCUGGAACUGACAUUUAGAGGCAAUUAAGAGAGACUAUUCAAAGGCCAGCAACCGCCAGCAAUUUUGCUGCUGGGUUCAACAAGAAGCAAACCACAUUUUCACAUCAGCUUCUAGCCAUUAAUAUUUUUUAAGUCCUCUUGGAAGCUUAUAUUUUUAGUGUGAAUUUUGCCUAAUAUGCAC